AUGCGCCCCGGUGAAUAGGCGUCGCGAACGGCGCGGAAUGAUUUUAUACACGGACGACAAUCGAAAUAAUAAUUGGAUUAUUUUGCGCGUUAAAUGUGAGAAUCGAGCGCGUCCCCGGGUUUCAACACAAUACACGUCACGUGUAUUAUUAUUAUUAUUACGCCGUUAAAUAAGAAGGGAGCUGUCGGAACGCGAAACGAUUAUUAGCCGGCCCGGAUCGGCCCGGAUCGAGUUCCGCUCACCCGCCGUCGCGUACCCACCGACGACAACGACGCGCGCGCGGGGGGAAAACGAAAAGCGCGGCCCGCGCGCCUGGACCGGUGGCGCGCCCGGAACUGGUUCUGAUGUGCCCGCGGCGAAAUACCGUGCGUAUCACGGUCCCAAAGGCCGAACCGACCCGCGAUAAAAAAAAAAAAGAAAAAAAAAAAAAGUCAUUCAAAAAGACUCACUCGGACGCAGACACGGCGGCCGGGGCCCCUCGCCGGUCGCGGGCCCGACGGGUAUUGUCGCAACGCCACUGCGCCGGAUAGUAAAAAAUGAAAAAAAAAAAAAAAAAAAAAACAAAAAAACCCAUCCGACUUAUCGCUUGGCGGAAAUCGGUAACGCGUACGAGUCGAUCCCGCGCCGAUCGCCCGCGGUCUCCCCGCGCUUCCCGUCGGCAAUUUCGUGCGUUGUUAUUUUAUACGUAGGUAAUUAUUUACGAUUAUUAUUUUAUUUUUUAUUAUUUCUUUUUUUUUUUUCAUUUUUUCUACGACCGAGAUUUUAUGCGCGCGUGUGUGUCCGGCCGUAGAACGGAGGCGGCGACGGGGGUGGCAGCGCGUGGGCGCGUCGUCGUCGUCGUCGUCGUCGUCGUCGCCGUCGCCACCGCCGUCGUCAACGGAGGCGGCGGCGGCGGACACACCGAGAUAGAUGGAGCUGUGCGAGAGAGAAGCGCCCGAGGAACUACGGGAGGCGGCAGACGCGGAGAGCGAGACGGACGGACAGGCAGAUCCUUAAAAACGGGCCGCGGCGCGAGCGACGGGGGUGACGGGGCGGAAAGAAAGUGAACACAUUAUCUAUUAGAGGUUUUUUUUCGCCGUAUACUCCCCCCCCCACCCGCCCGGCCAUCGACGACGUACGUCCCGCGCGCCCGUCCCGAUCCGCCCGGAGAUUCUCGUCGUCGUCGUCGCCCUCAUCGUCGUAGUCGUAGUUCUCCUUUUUCGCCGUCGGCCGAUAAAAUACACUGCGGCGGCGGCGGUGCGGUGUACAUAGUCCGUGUGCGUAUGCGUUCGUGUGUGUGUGUGUGUACCUUCCCCUCGCCACCGUCCCCCGGAAACGCGCCCCGCCUUGUCACCGCGUAUAUACUAAGCGGUAUAAAUAAAAACCGCGGUGGCGCGCACGCGCCCGCCCGCCCGCCCGUCCUCCGCGCUCGGGGGCCCGCGUGGUGCGCAACCGCCAGCCACCCCCUCCGGUGCGGCAGGGGGUUUCGCGCGCGCGCGUCGUAUCGAUCGGGCGGCGGCGGCGGUGGCGGCGGCGGCGAAAGAUGGCCACUGCCGGCGCCCUCUCGCGCCGCCACUACAGUCAGAGUAGACCCGGACCACGGUCGCGGUACUGGUAGUAGUCUCGCAGACGGUCGCGCCUCCCCCUCCGGUUUCGCGCGAGUAUCGUCGGCCGCGUGUUGCGCGCGCGCGAUCGUGUGUGUGUGUGUGUGUGUGUGUGCGCGCGCGAAAGUUUGUGUGUGAAAGCGCCAGCGCGAGAACGCGCGUGUGUGUUUGUGAGUUGUGCGUGUGUGCGUGUGCCGUGUGCACGUAUACGCGAACGAGUGCUGCCGCUGUUAAACGCGGGCGCGUGUGUUCGUGUGUUCGCGGUGUUUUUCGUCGUCGACUGCCGCGGUCCGGUGACAAAUAAUAACCGUAGCCGGGAAAAUCGGAAUAAAUAAAAUAAAAAAAUUGUAAACAACCGACUAAAAAAAAAAAAAAUAAAAAAUAAAAAAUAAAUAAAAACCGGACGAAUUUUUUCCGAUAUCAAACCCGGCGACGCGUCGUCGGUCCCGGCAGCCCCCCCGGGUGUUUGUGCCACGUGUACGAGUCGGUGUCGGGUUUCGCGGUUCGCCGGUGGUGCCAGUAACUGAUCGCGCACGAAACGCACCGCGCGUCAUCGGACCGCGGCCGGUCACUCCCGCACCCCAUCACCCGACGGCGGUGGUGGCGGCGGUUCGCGGCUCCGUCGUAUCUCGUCCGCCGACGAUGGUAUUGGCGGCACCGGCUGCAGCACCAGCGGAACCAGCACCAGCGGAACCAGCACCAGCGGGACCAGCACCGGCACCGGGAAAAGCGCAUUCGGCCGUACCGGCAACAGCAGCAGCGGCAGCAGCAGCAGCAGCAGCAGCAGCAGCGGCCGCCGUCGUCGUCGUCGUCGUCGUCGCCGUCGUCGCCGCCGCAGCCGAUAGGCGUACCGCGCGUACCGGGACCGCGGGCAUGACCGUCCGUCUUUGCGACGGCACGAGCAGCAACGGUAUCGUUAUCAUUAUCAUUAUCAUUAUCGACGUGACCGGUGCCGGUGCCGCGGCCCGCGCGGCGGAGGCGGCCGUGCACGCGCGGACGACACGGCGGUCAGCCGCGUUACGCCACCGCGCCGCACACUGAUAUUAUGGGCCGCCGCGUAGCCGCCCGCACCGUGGUGUUCCGGCAGCAGCAUCGUCGCCGCGUGCGGCCAGCGGACCGCCGCCGUCGUCGCGGGCUUGUUGUUAUGGUCGAUUGUGCGGGUCACCAGCCCGGCGACACGACAUGAUCUCUGGCGUCACGACGACGCUACAACGACGCAUCACCGCAGUCAUCGUCGCAUCGGCGUUUCCGGCCACCCGUCAGACAGCCGCAGUUCAAUUAUCAUCGCCGCACAACUACCACGCGCUACCGGCUCAUCCGUCAAGUAAAUAGAAACGCGACGCGCCCGCCGUAACAGCAAUCGCCCCCCCCCCUCCCCCCCCCCCCCCCGCACCCCCCCCAUCCCCCGGCCCCCCGCUCCUCCGUACUCGCCCGCCCCUAAACCCCCUCGCGCGCGCCGCAGGACGACGAGAAAAAAUAAAAUAAAUUAAAAAUUAAAAAUUAAUAAACAAAUAAAUAAAUAAUUGUCCGCGCGGUCGAACGGAACGUUUUAUUAUUGUUGUUAUUAUUAUUUUUUUUUUUCGGUUUUUCGAUUUCCGCGAGAUCGUAAAUCGCAGUCUCCCCGCGCGUGCUCUCCGUGGCCAAAGUGUGCGCGAAUGGCGCGGACGCGUCACGGACGCUCCUUCCGCCGGUGUUUUUUAAAAAUAUAUUUAUUUUUAAUUUUUCGCGCACAAUUUUGUCGUUGCGCACGCGUAAUAGAGUUGAAUCAAUUGCCAAACGCGUCCGUAAACCAGGAACGUUUUGAAUUUAUCCGGUAUCGGUUCGGGGCACCGAAUCCCCAAAAAUAUAAUAACUGUUCGGGUUUUUCGACAAAGGAUCGGUUACGGUUGAUUGUUAGUAAAAUAUAAAUAUUAUUAUCGUUAAUUUUAAUUUCGACCGUUUUUCUGUCUCUAUGUAAUUCUCUCGUAAAAAUAUGUAAAAAAAAAGUCAUAUCCGCCUACAGUUUUCGUAGUAAUCUGCGAGAGUUACGGGUGCUUAACGGGGCAAAAAAAACACGUUUCCGAUCGAUAUUAUUUUAAUACACGUCCCGCGCGUAAUCAAAACCCGAAAGGAAUAACGGCUUUGAGUUCAAAUACCUGUCCGGAACUCGGGUUUUUGUACGUCUCUACGCCGUUAACCGCGUGAGAAAUAUUGAAAUGCUCCGACGACCGUACACAACGGACUAUUUACUACGCCGUUUUAUAGUUUACGGCUUCUCAAUUCGUACGCGAAAUGGCGAAGCGUGUAAAUCGCACCGGCGAAGUUGUUUCGCGUUUUCAACCCAUUCAAUUCAACUCCGGACGUCCGGUACUCUAUUUGACUGGAUGACGGUUUCGGUCCAUAACAGUUCCGAAACGAUUCCGAAACCGGGUUGUUUCAGAUUCGGUUCCAGUCCCCGGUAUAAAAAAAAUGUUUCGCGGGAAUCCGUCGCAAUUGUUCCAGUUACGAAUUACCGUUCCGAUCCGAAAUUGGCAUUGUGUCCCGCCAAUUGUUUAGGCCGUGGCGGUAUUCGGCCGGAUUUUUUUUUUUUUUACGGACCGAGCACGGGACCCCGCCGCCCCCGGGGCCCCGGGGUCCGAUCGCCGGACCGAACCCGUUGUGGAAACGAACGCGCACGCCGACCGGCGGACGUCAGACCGGUAAAAUGUUUGCCGUGUUCGGAUUUUAUCGGGGGCCUCUUGAAACGCAUUCCAUUCGGUCGCGGUGAUCCGGUGCCGCUGGCGCCUGCACAUAGGCAAUGUCCAGAUGAAUUAAUAUUCUUGUCCGGUCUUACACAGCGUCACGUCGGGCGGUCGAUCGGCACGAAUGCACGUUCGUUUUUUUUUUACAACCGCACGCUGACGUACGGAAAUUCGGUUAUUUUAACGCGGAAAAUUCGAUGAAGUCUUUCGGUCGUCAGGUUUCCAAAGUUAAAUUUUCACCGAUUUCGUUUAGAAAACAAUCGGCACGGAUGUACGCGCGUUUGUUAUUUGAGUAAAAAAUUCGGAAAAAAAACACAUCACACCGAAAAUAGCCGGGCGGGAAAGGGGGAGUUAUGUCCGUACAGCUAAAUACGGAUGCUGUACCCACCCCCAAGUACGACGACUAGAGAUCGUUGCCCGUACACCGGAGCCCGCGUUUUUUCGAAAAAUAAUAUAAUAUUUUUCGCCAUCGGCCGUUUCCUUUCGAAAUUGUACGUGCACAUUAUAUUUUUUGUCGUAUUAGACGCGCGCUUUUACGUAAAUCUAAAAAAAAAAAUAACAAAAUCGUUUUACCGAUUGCCCUCGUAGUCUCCUCCGGCGUUCUCGCCUCCCCUCGUGCCGGUCGCCGAUCGGGAUUCCCGCCUACUCCGUAUACCCACCUAUAUUAUUUCCGUCGACAACAAAGCGUGUUAUGUAAUCCUCUGCAGUCGUCGCCGCCGUUUGCUCGUUUUGUUACGUACGUACAAUAAUAUAGGUAUAUAUAUAUAUAAUACAAUGUACGCGAAUCCCGUCUCCCUCCCACACUCCCCUUCCCCUCACUCUCUCCUCUAUCUUCUCCCCUCUCUUCUCUCUCCUCUCUCUCCCACCCCCACUCUCCGACCCGUCCCUUUACUCGUCUCUCGGCCAAGACUCGUCGUGUACAACAUUAUUGUUGUGCGCGGCGCGUGCAGUAUGGGUACCCACGCCGCCGGUAUACAAAAUCGAUAAAACGGCCGACGAAAUAAUAUUUUCUCCGUGUGUCGUACGCGACGAUAUUAAUAUACGCGCGCGUUUUUCGAGGAGCGCCUCGAUUUAUUAUUAUUCGCCCGCCGUUAUUUUACCGGACGCGCGACGACAGUUCCGGCAACGGCUGAGCCGUUCGGGUCCCGCGGGAUUCGAGUCGCCGGCCGGUCGGGUAUUGACUCGCGGUAAGUAUUAGUGGGAUACUUAUUGUGUAUGUCCGUAGGGCUCGGGACAUAUUGCACUCGAAAUCCACAAAAACGCCCCGAAGAAAAUGUUAAAAAAAAAAAAGUAAAAUAUCCGCGUUAUAACGCCGCUGACUCAUUGAAUACGAUUUUUUUUUUCUCGUCUAUUCCUCAUACUGUUCAUAUAACUCUACAAUUUUCGGCCGCCACUAUAAUAUACCGCCAUUUUUUACCGUCUUGCAUAGUUUUGCGCCGAUCUUUUAUACUCACUGUGUUCAGAUAUUCUAUCACUCUGCCGUUGCGGCCCUUUCUGGGCGUCCCCGUGGUCGUUUUCCUUGGGGUUUUCAUUAAAAAAAUAACCCUCCGAGGAAAGACCUCUCCUUAAGCCUUGUCAUUGAAUUCUUUGACCUUUGAUGAAGUUAUUUAUCGGCGCUAAGCUUAUUAUUUAAAAUACAUUUUUCUAACAAAAAUUAAUUUGUUUUUUAAAUAGAACUAUAUGUAUUAUACAAAUGUUAAAAUAUUUUAUUCAAUAAAUUACAGUCGUUUGUGGGAGGGGGAGAUUUCAAACCGUUCUAAAAUUUUCGCUUUUUACUACUUACUGACGAUUAUAAUAUAGGCAUUCAAAUUAAAAAACUAUAGAUUAGGUUAGGAUUGUGUUAAUAUUAUUCUAAACUGUUGAAAUGGUUAUUUAUGAACAACUAUCAAAAAAAUCUGACCGGAUUAUCAAUUAUUGGUAUCGUUUCUGGUAGCAAAUGUUUUCUAGUUGGCGCACAAAGGAAGUCAUUUUUUUCACAAACGUUGCGAAUUAUGAAGGGGGAACUGAUUUAUGCGGAACACCCUAACGUUUUUUAGGUAGGUGGAUGGGUGUAUGAAGUCCUAACGGGGUCCGUGAUGUAAAAUAUCUCACUGUGGAUGCCCACGGCUUUGAACCGGGUCGGGUCGAUUUUCGACAUGUCCGGGCAAAGUAUUUUGCAAACAUUUUAGGUCCGCGCAGAGUUUCCCUCGGUACACCCGGUAUAUAUGACGUGGCCUUUGCUCAUUUCGCUCGUCAACUUGAGUGCGAGCUCACGUCAGACUUUAAAUCGAAAAUAAACCCCGAUUCGUUAUUGCCAAACCACCAUCACGUCGGGCAAGUAACGGGGGAGAAAAAAAAAACAAAAAAAUAACCUACAAAAAAAUCGAACAAAAGGUCUCGAAGGUCCCGUGGCUUAGUGAUACCACCGAUUAAAUUACCUAUUAAACAAUACAAUUGUAUACCGGGUGUAUUAUAUUGAGCGAAACUCAAGCGAGGUCCUCAAUGGACCUACAUUAAUUGUAAAAUACGCGUCCGGAUAGCCCUAAACGUUCUAAACGUUCGCACAACUCAGGGAUCCGUCCGGAGUUUCGGACCGCCCAGCAGUCCGUCACCAUCGUCCGUAUUUGUUUAUCGCCUGUCAGUCGAAAACAUGCCCGGACCAUCAUUCAAACUGGCCCGGACAUUUUCGAUCCGAAAUAAACCCACGGGUGUUAUUUUGUCAACUAUUUUUUUAUUUUAACCGGUAUUCUUUCCGGAAAUGGACGAAACCCGGCAAAUUGUAAUAUUACAGUACACCGCAAAUGUUUGCCGAAUCACGACAGGUUUUAAACAGGUCAAAGGAUGCGAAACAAUAAACUCGUUUUAGUCAUGCAAUUUACCUAUUUGACGUUUCACGAUUUCGUGUAAGAUUAUGAUUAACGAUUUCCAAUUAGUUAUACUACUUGAUUUCGUUCAAAACGUAUUUUGUUCAAUUUUUCAUAUCCAUUUUUAUCCCGAAUCCUAAUCAACCCGGCGAAACCUCGUCCGGGCAAGAGAAAUUGUCUAGAACAAUAUUUCUUCACUCCAAACACGACCCGUAUCAGUGGGAAUUACAUUAUUUGAAAAUCAUUAGGCAAUAUUUGUUUUGGGCCCGGACGGACUCCGGCGUGGAACUAAUUCGAAUCCGGGCCGGAGCAGUGGGGUUCCAUCGUAACGCGAUAAAAGCUUCGAUCGGAGAAAGCGGUCGGUCUUUAACCCUGUUAACCGUUCAUUUUCCGGCAAAUCUUCCGUUUCGAGAUAUCCGCAGACUUUUCCACCGUUACCUUUUUCCGUAUAGAAUAUGACGCAAUUACAAAAAUUUUCUCCCAGAGACGUUUUUGAUAAUCUCGUUCACGAGCGAUUGUUCAAACGCACGCGUAUACAUAUACGUUUAGUAGGUAUGCGAAAAACCAAAUAUCGUCUAAAAAAGUGUUAAUAAAACCGGAUCGUCUUUGUGGCAGAGAUUUUGUCCACAGCAUCGGCGUCAUUUUAGAAAUCACUAGACUUGGGCAGUUUCCAAAUUGUCGAUUGAUAGACUAUAAAUGUGUUUUUUUUUUCAAACUUUAUUUUACGCCCGAACGAUUAGAAAUUCCUACUUAAAAUGCUAUACACCGGAGCAAACGUAAUAAUAUACGCUUGUUGUACCCCUUGAUUGUACAAAUGACGCCGCCGGUCGUUUUUAUAGUAACGUUCUUUUUAAUCCGAAAUCCUUUGGCUGCCAAUUUUUCUCCAAGGUACGAUCUAAUCCUCGGCACUAAAUUUCAUACGUUGCCAAACGAUUGUCGUCCGAAUUGUCACGUAAUCGUUUAUAAAUUUAUAACCCGACACGAAAUCGUGUUUUCUCUUCCGAAAAUACUAAAUUUGUUGAAAACGUUCGUUAGACAUACUGGCGCGCAAAGGGUCGGACGUGAUGGUUUUCGGUAAUAUCCUCCGGAAAACCUUCCGACUCGAGAUCACUCCUUAUAAUAUUACGAUCUUCGUGUCAUAUUCGAGGAUGUUGAAACAGCUAGUUCAAUGGUAAAUUGGGAUACUUGUCGGUUUAAAAAGCUUCUACGGACAAAAUACCUUCAGUUCUAGUACCACAGUAGGGUUUUACGGUUAACCGCGGACACAGUAUUUAGAGUCUGAGUAGAAUGGUGCGUAGUCAAUGGGUUUUACUGCGAUACUGGCUUUUUGCGAACGUGGUUUUCACCAGAAGUCAUACUCCGACGGUAAACGUUAAGUACAAGUUUUCUUUGAGAAUUUUCAAUUUAAUCUCGACGGUUCGUCGGGAGAGUUGAUUUAUAAUGCCAUGAGGAAGACCGAAAAACCGGAAUAAAUUUAGGCACACGACCUCGUGAGUUUUGUCAAAAUCAAUUUCUGUUUGGUUUUUUUUUUGAAAUCCUAUAACAGACAAACGGAAUUUUCAACAAAUAUGCUAUAAUUUCCGUCUUACCGUUUUCUAGACGGUGGUAAAAAAUUUCUUUCCAGCCGUCUUCCGAGUUAUUUAUAGUAGUCAUUCGAGACCGUCGAACAUUUGUCUAUCUUCUAUUGACGAAAUGGAUCUAGUCGACGGGUUCGGAAUAACCCGACGAACAAAUAACAAUACGAGCUGUUGUAAAGUACACCGCCACGAGUCGUAUGCACGAGUCGUUUAUCAUUAUUGUCUUUUAGGUAUCAAACAAUAAUAAUAUUAUUAUCGUAGAGUGAGAUUUUGCUUACUAGUGUGUGUGUCCUCCGCUAUAGAAAAUAAAUGGUUAACGAUGGAAUUAUAGUAGAUUUUGUAACAAAAUAUUAUAUCAUUCUUCUCCUCCGUCUUGGUUUUCAAUUUUCCCAUCGGUUUCCGUGCUUCUUUGCCAUAACUCAUUCAGUUCGGCUUUCGAUAACUUUUCACAUCCAUAUUUACACAUGUCUUCGGAAUCUGUGAUAUAUAUUCCAUUAUAGGUUCUCUUUUUUUCGAUUUUAACAUCCAUAUAGCCUUCAAUAAUCAUCAUCAAUAAAAAACCGUGGCAUGUGGUAUGUGACCUCACAUCUUUUAUUUUUAGAAAUUCGCCAUUUUCCCUUGUAGUUCUUGAUCACGAAUAACAUAUAGGUCACUUUUUACAGUAUUUAAACACUAAAGGGAGUAGGUACAGGGGUAAUUUUAAUGCUAAAAUAAAAUUAUUUUUUUCGUCGCAUGUGUUACCGCGGCGAUACGGAUGAAGUAAAAAUAAGUUAAAAAAAAAAAACAAAACAAAAAUAAACAAAUAAUAAGGUAAUUUGUCGAAGAACCAUAAUAGUUGUGAGGAUACGUACAUCGAGCAGUUUAUAGUUACCAUAGAGACUGAUUAUUAUUAGUUGAUCGUUAGAUUGUUGAUUCGAUAUAAACUUCAUUUAAAGAUAUGAACUUAUUAAAACGCCAAACGGGAAAAUUAGUUUUCAUUUUUUUUUUUUUUUUUUCAUAUUUUUCGGUUACAUAUUAUGGAAACGGGAAAAUUCGCGCGAGACAGCUAGUAUUAUGUACAGGAAAAAUAUUCUCAUUAGCGGGAAAGUGGAGUGACCAGAAAUGGUCCAAACGUUAAUGGGUAAAUUUGGUAGAUUCACUCGCGGAACUUUUUUCAAACGAGGGGAAAGUGGACGCGUAGUGAAUAUUCACUAAAAAAAAACCACGCCUUGUCAUAUUAUGGUUGUUAAUUAUUAUUUUGUUAUUGUACACAGAUAGCGUCGAUGUUUUUAACGGAUUACAAUAUUUCAAUAAUGGCAGACGCAGAAAAGCGUUUGACAUGUUUAACGCGGUUUUUUCAAGCAACAAAUAAAUCGAUAACAAUGCCGGCGAAAUUAUUUAUUUUAAUGUUCGCAAAAUACGGAAUUCGAUGUUUUACACGAUUACUGUUAUGUUUCAACAAAUACAAAUAUAUUAUAUUUAAUUCGAUUCGCUGCAAAAACAUAUUUAUUAAUGGCAUUUAUACAACGCGCACUCGAGAGAGAAAUAUUUUUUUUUUUAUUUCAUCAAAAUACAAGCAUAGAGUCAUUAUUAUAAAUCAAGUUAUUAUAUAUUUUUUUUCGUUUGGCCUCCACAAAUCUAAGAGUUUUUAUUAUCCAAAAAAAAAAAAAAAAACUUAUCACGCAUUGACCACGUAUGGAAAUUUCCAUUCCCAGAUUCUACCAUCGGGUCAUUAAAAAGUUUGUUAAUACAUCUUUUCCCGGAUAUUUCACGUGGUAUUUUCGUCCGGAGGCUUUCGUUUUAGCACAGAUCUAACAUUAUCGUUCUAUCCUUGUCCCGGUAUGUUUCAUGGCCUAUUUUUUUUUUUAAAUUUUUUUUUUUUCAACAGCUUAUAUAUAGUCCGUUUAUGGUCUUCUUGUUUCUAAUAUUUGAUUCUAUCUAUCGUCAUUCACACUCUUUCAAUCUCUCUCACUCCGUUUUACGGCCUAUAGUCACAAUACACGGUCUUUGUCAUGUCAUAUAUAACCGGUUUCCCAAUUGUAUACCUUAUUUGCAAAUUAUUUGUUAUUUCACCGUAAAUAUGGCCACCGAUUCUGCUUCAUAUAUUGUUCUAGAAUGACUUUUGCAGUUUCCUUUUUAUUGUCGUCUACGGUUCACAGCCGUAUAAGGGUUAGACUUAUGAUCGCUAUACAUAAAACAGCCUUUAUCAGCACGAAAAUUGUUUUAUCGGUUUUAUUCGAACAAUAUAAUAUGUCAAUAUCCCAGUAUAGGCGUAUGAUGCGGGGGGGAGGGGGGGGCUUAGGACAACUAUAUCUCCAAUCAGCUUUUGUAAUUAUGCGUCGUCUGAAUUCCAGUACCGCUUUUAUACCGUCGUAAUUCCGCGUUGUUCACUUUUUUUUAUAAUAUAGCCGAACGAUUUCAUUAAUUUUUUACAUAUUCUUCUUUUUAUCGGGAACGCUAUUUUGUCUACGUUUCCUUUGGUCGUCGUCCAGAAUUCGAGGGCAUACACAAGGGCACCGGUAUAAUAACCGCUGGGGUACUAUUAGGUAUUCGGUUUUAAUGAUAAUAAAAAUAUGUGUAUAACGGAAAAUUGAUAAUUGUCCCGGAUCGGAAAUCAAUCAUCUACUCUUCGGCGAGUUUCUCCUCCUCCGGCGUUGGCAGUUUGUUUUGUGGUACGUACUGUAUACCGCACAUAUAUUGCACCACGAUAUUAAUUUAUUAGUGCGUGCGUGCAUACCUAAUAUAUAUACAUAUAUAUUAUUAUAGGAUAUUGUUUCUAACUAUUCAAAUGUGAAACGCGAAAUUUUGACACGGGCAAUUAUUCAACCGCGGGGUCGUACCGCGUCGUAUUACACAAUGCGUAUAUUGUGACGAUCGGGAAAGAAACUUUGAAAGCGACACGAUAACAAUGAUAACAAUACUAAUAAUAGACGAUAUCGGUAUUUUAGACCGCGCGCAAAAGUCGCGAUAAGCGAUUUUCGUAUAAUGAUAUUAUUAUUGGUUCCGGCGGAUCCCGUUGUGCAGUUGUCGUUUCAUUUUCGUAAUAUUCUGUCGCAUACUCGCGUCUGUCUGGUUAGAAUAAUAUUAAAAAAAUAAAACAACACUCACCCGAUCGGUUAGGUUAGGUAAGGUUAACUCGACCGAUCGGUGAUCACUUACAUAGUGAGACAAUACAAAAUAUUACUAUCAUAGAUUUUCGGGGUUAAAAAAUAUAAAUGGAUUGGCUAACAAAAUACGUAGAUACCUAUCGAAUCGGCAUAGAGAUUAAAUAUAGCAUUUCUCAACCUUUGGGUCAAGAAAAAUUUCGUUUGGAUCACCACGACAUUUUAAACAUCGAGAAUAGGAUGUUUUGAAAAUUAAAACCGAGAAAUAGUUGUAAAAGUCAACGUAAAAGAUAAAAACUUAACUCUUCAUCGCGUUCGAUAACGUGACAGUGUGAAUUAUAAUUAUUUAUUUUAUUUAGUUAUUUUAAUUGAUAUAUGCAAGAGAGAUGUAGAAGGCGUAGCCCCAAAGAAAUUUUUAAUAGUUUUUAAAAAAAGACGCGGAUAUACUAGGUGAAAUUUUGGGAAAGUAGGAUUUAGAGGAAUCAAAUUUUUAUUUGUAUGUAACGAUAAAAUAUUGCGAAAAACGAUUCGGAGCGGCGUUCGAUUUUGAAAGUUCGUAAUAUUACGAAUAUCGUAAAAAUUUUAUAUUGAAUUUCUUCCUUUUGUUAAAUUUUCAAAAAUUUCUGUUUGGUCUAACAAUUUUAUUUACAGAGUACCUGCUAAAUAAAAACUACAUAAUAAAAAAGUUUCAAAAUUAAAAUGUCUUUAGAAAGCUUAAAAAUGGCUAGAGUAUUUUGAAAAUUUGACCACGUCUAAAAAAGAAAAAUUUAAGAUCUUUGUCUUAAUUUCAAGUUACUAAAAAUACGUUUAACUGAAUCGCAACAAUAAAUCAAAAUCGCAAAUAUUAUAUUACGUACAUUUUCUCGUUUUACCCAAGUUUUUUCUCGGUUUUUCUAAAUUAUUUUGAAAAUCCAACGAUAAAUCAAAAAAAUGAUUUGCUAAAGGUACUACUCAGGCAAACCUUUCUUUCUGAAAAGAUGCUACGCUUGAAAAUCGGAGCAAGAUUUCCGAUAGGAAAAUGGUUCAUAAAAAAAAAAAAAACAACACAAUAAAAGAUAAACAUUAUUAUAAAACCAAUACAUUUCUCGCUUCGCUCAGAAUAUAAUAGGUCGUAUGAAAAUUGGUAAAUAUCUUGAAUAAAAAUUGAACGGUCCUUAAGAGAAAGGGCUCGAGUCAAAAGCAGCUACACUUUACUGCAGGAGUGACUAAAAACUACAAAAGAACUUUAGCACUUCUUAUUAUGCCUUGAUAUUAUAUACGAACAAUGAACAUGUAUUAUUGUCAUAAGUCCAUUAUCACAAAAGAAAAAAAAAUCGAAUUAGACUCUUGUAAUAAUAAAAAAAACUAUAUGCCGUAAAUAACAGUGGUACCGUGGUUUGAAGUUUCAAAUGGUGUUGAAGUAAAAAAAAAACCGUCCAAAUAUUUUACUGUCUCAUAAAUAUUGCAUAAUAAUAUUUAAGACUUUGAACGACAGAGCCGAACAACAAACGUAUCGGUUUUACGUAUCAGACGUUUUUUUUUUUUUUUUUCUUAUGCCCUUGGCCACUUAUUUUAGUAAAUAUCCUCGAAUACUUAUACGCCACGUACUUGGGAAAAAUCUACAUUUUUCGCACGGCGGAAUUUCGUCCGAAACGUUUUUCUAGACUUGCCGCGGGUUUUUUCCGGGAAAAAUUAAAAAUUCUAUAGUACGCGAAGGGAUCAGACAGUCAUUCAAAUUUCUUUUGUCGGUAAUAUACUUGUAUUUCAUCUUGCCGAAACGCCGCUACCGAAAUAGAAAUUCCGUCGUUAUUGUUUCGUCGGGAAAUGAUUCGAAAAAAUAGCUUUUUACGCCUGAAGCCAGCCUACCGCGGAAAGCAAUCCGAGAUCGCAAUCGGCCACUGAACUUUUCGGCCGCUGCUUUUUCUUCUUUUUUUUUUUUUCUCUCUCCUGAUCAACGGGAUAAAGACCGCGAAAGGUAUAAGCUGACGGCUGAUUCGGGUUUCGCGCACGUCACCAAACGCGUAUUAAACGGGUCGUGUUUAGACAUGUCACGCGGGUGAUCCUUUGGUUUAAAUUCGAAUAAGGGUUUCGGUUAACCGGAUGGAGGAGGGGGGAUGGCUUGAUGGUGGUGUGCGAGGACGACGGUUUUAGAAACGUUUUCGUCAAGUACCUCAUAAGUUAUACUGAAAAAACAACGUAAAAAAAAAAAAAUGUGUUUGCUUGUGUUAAUACAAAAAAAAAAUAAAAUACACGACCCUAUUGUCUACCCAUACAUACAUACAUAUACAUGUAUACGAAAUAUAGUAUGCGCGCGGUUGUAUAAAAACGAAAUUCUCCGAGCUUUUAUCAAAAAUAACCGUUUGAAAUAUUCAAAUGUUCGAAAUUAUAAAUAUUUACCACGCGCGUUGGAUUCCGAUAUUUCAAAAAUCGACCGUCUGCGCAAUAAAAACGCAUAAUAAAUACGUAAACCCGAACAGUAACGGGCCGAAAAUUCUAAAAUCGAAUAUAUCGAAAAUAGGCGCGCGUUCGUUCGGCAAAUUAGUUUUCAUAAAAAUCCGACAUCGUUGCAGUCGCGUAUAAUUUACGUGUUUGUUUCAUUUUAAUGUUUAAACGGCCCGAAGAGGGAUAAAGAGUACGGUUGUGGUCGUUACGCAAUUGCACAACAGAUCGCGCAGUGUAAUGUUGCAUGUUCGAAUAGAGAAGAAGAGAGAGAGAGGUAAAAAUAGAAACAAGUGUACAACAGCGGAUUCGCCGAUCGAUGCGCGCAGGUUUAACCGAUAUUCGUUGUUGUAUUUUUUUUUAAGUAGAGAAUCGAAAAAAAAGAAAAAAAAAAGAGAAAUCAAAUUUAGAUACGUCGUUACAUGCAUCCAAAAGGCGACGCUUUCCGAACCGUGUUCGGUUUUCGAGCAUCGCGGUAUUAGAAAAAGGGCGAUUAUUCCACGCGUCGAAAGUUUGAAUUUUCGAAAGUCCGGGCGUAUCCGUUUCGGUUUCCGUUUGAAAAAAAAAAAAAAAAAAGGUAUUUUAUGAAGGCGAGUCGAUAAUUAUCGAUUCCCGUUCAAAUAUCCGUAGUAUGCGUACCCACUAACCGGUCGAAUCGGUUUCCGCUGUUCGCAGUAAGAUAAUACGCACAUUUCCCUUACCAUUCUUACAGGCUUCAGGGCAGCCAACAUGGAAUUGCUGAGAUUCGUACACGAGGAACGGUUCCGUGUUUUGUACUCGGUGUGUAUGACCGUGUAGACGCGCGCAUAUCCGGAUGGAUUGACGUUAUCCUAAUCGAUUUCGGUGUUUCGGCCAUACGCCGGUAUGACAUUAUUUUAUUUCCUCGAUAAUCGCGCAAAACACCGGUCGUAGUGCGACAGAGUUAAAUAAACGAAUAAAAAAACGUACUUCGUUACGUAGGUAAAUUUACCGUGCUUGUUGUAUAAACGCAUUUGUUAAACGGGAACCGAUUCGGCACGCGGGAUAUGAGCUCGGGAACCGAUUCGGAUACAUCCUAUCAGUGGCGCAUCUAGGAAUUUUUUCAAGGGGGGGGGAGAUACGAACAAAAACUAUUUUGUACAUUGGGAGCCAGGGGGAUAAAUAUCCCCUGGGAUAUAUGUCCCCUUGGCCCCUCCUCCUGUUUACACACCUAUCCGGUUUCCGUAAAAUGCACUUUUAUACAUGCUAUGAUUUUACUUGAAACUAUACCGACGUUUAUUAUACUAUACAUUUAUUUUCGUAAAAAGUUAGAUCACAAAACAAUAUCCAACUAACCAUAAACAUAAGAAUAAUAAACAAUAAUAGUACAUCAUAAUUAUCUAAUGUUCAUGGAACUGCUGAUAACUGUAGACUUAUGAUAACUAUAUUGACUACUACUGUCUACUAUCGACUGCAUAUUGAUAACGGAUUGAUUGAUUGAUAAUACCGUUACGCCGUAAUCUAUGACCAUGAUUAAUGGUUGAGGUCUCUGGUUAUGCCAUUGUCGAAUACACGAAUACGUAUCUGCCAUUCGCCAUAGUGUUAUCUGCCAUUCGUGGUUGCGGUUCAAGAAUCUAAGAGAAAAGCGAAAUUAAUAAAAAAAAACUCUGACGAGGGGGGGGGGGGGGUUAUAUCACCCAGAUCACCCUCCUUAAAUGCGCCACCGCAUCCUAUAGUUGGUCUUCCUCUGGGCAUAAUAAUUAAUUUUUAUGCGAAAUCGUACGCGAUCCACCGUCCGUAGUGCAGGUAAACACGAAAUAUUGUAUUCUCGCGAAAUAAUUUCGUAUUUCACGAACCGUCGUUGUCGUGACCGACCGAAAAACUUUCGAAACUUAUGAAAUAUUCAAUGAUAAUAAUAAUAAUAAUAAUAAAAAAAAACAAAGUAUUGAUUAAUUAUUAUAUUAUCGUCGGGCAGUAAAUGUGAUAAUACAUUUUAUAUAUUGUAUUCUUUUUUUUACACUUUCAAAGUAUUGUUUUUUUUUUUUUUUUUUUUUUUUUUUUAACGCGUUUUAAACGACAUUAUUAUAAGCGAGGUUUCGAUAUUCUUUUGUCGAAUUUUUCCCGAAAACCGAAACUAUCGCUGCACCGUUGUAUCGUGCCUUUUGUAUAUAUUUACUGAUCGUUUUCGCGAUAUACUUUCGGUCGCUAUUCUAUAACAUUAUAGCGGUUCCCUCCGGGCCAAACGAGCUCGGUACUCGGGGAAAAAAAGAUUUGUUUUAUAUUGGCGCGCGGAUUGAAUCGAUAAAAGUCUGGCCGGGUUCCGAUAAUAUGAAUUUAUUUAUCGCGUCACUGCAACGAAAGGCGUUCAUUUGCGGAGGGGCUUUAAACACCGACCCCCCUCAAAGAAACCGGGGUACGACAUUUUGUAAACGCGUACGCGGCACAGGACCUUUUUAGGUUAGCUACGGCGGCGGCAAAUGCCCCGGGCGACAUUUUUAAAAAGCUCAUUUUAGUAUUAGACAUUUUAAUUUUUGCUCCUUUUUCUCUCUGUCGUCUCAGAUGUGAUAGUAUCAUUUUUAGAUUCUGAUCGGAGCGAGGACGUAUUGGUUUUACUAUGACGUAUGCUAUUGUUUUCGCAUUUUUCGCGUAGUUUUUCUAGCAGAAUUAUCUCCGGUUCUCAAAAUGUGACUAGAGACCUUAUUACGUUUUUUCGAAAUUCGGAUCUGGUCGGUGUGUAAGACAGUAAUUCCCCGGGAAAACGACAAAGUUUACCUGCCAUUUUCACAGAGUUCUUACAUUAGCCUUUUCGAAACGUUGUAAAAUCACAAAUUUUACGAGUUUUGAGCAACUUGUAGACACAUUUGUCGUUCGAUACUUGUAUAUUUAUACCACGGCAUAAUGACUAUUGCCGUGUAUAAAUAAUGGCUAUGUCAAUCUCAUUAUAUUAUCAAAAUUAUUUAAACGUAUACAGUUUCAAUCGAGUUUCGCCGAUGAUAAUUGUUAUCCCGCGAUGGGUUUUACGCCGCACGUGACGCGAUAAAAAUUUCACAAAACGAGUCGAUUGGCCCGCACUGAAAUAUUCAUUUAUAGCGUCGCAAUAUUACCGUACGCCCGUAUAAACACGGCGUCUACGGCGCGAUAAAUCUAUCGCGAGCCACUCGGGAAGUGUAAACUUCUUCUCGAAAUCCGUUUAAAAGAACAUUCGAGAAACGAGCCGUUCUAAAAUUUAACAUUUACAUUAAUUUUUUUGUCACCCACCAAUUGCAAAUUACGAAUUCGUACACCGACAUUCGUUUUAACUUUAUUAUUGUUCCAUCUGUCCGUGGAAUUUUUUUUAAUCCGGUUCGCCAUUUGAACGUCAAAAGUGGGUACAGCACUUUCAAACGGAAAAGUUUGGACGGCGGAGAACGGCAUAAAUGUAAAAUUGCCGAACCGUGCUUGUUUCUAGAACGUUCUGCAAACGAAAUGCCGAAAAACCGUCCACGCUUACGGAGACGACGGGCGCCUUGUGACGGACACCGCGCGGCCAAACAUUCGGUCGGAAUAUUUCCGUUUCGGUUUCCCGAAAAGUCGCCGGAUCCGACUCGCGUCCGUUUCCGCGCGCGCCGCCGUACGCAAACGGUCGGCGGUGCGGCGCCGGGAAAUUCGGUGCGGGACAGCUCGGCCGUCGGCCGGCGUUUCCCGUUUCUCGUUUUAUUAACGCGCGCGCGUAUGUGCCGCGGGCGACGCGACCCCGGGCGCGAACCCCGCACGCGAUCUUACAACGCGGAGCACGCAAGUCCUUUAACGGGCCGUCGCCUUCCCCGUCGCGCGGCCCGCAUUACAAUAAUGCGCGAGCGCGCUGUGUCGCGGUACCGCGUAGACAACAGCGCGCCGCACGUACGUAAAGUGCGCGCGGUCGCGUACACCGUGACGCGUACACGCGCGUCCGCGACAAAAAGAGACGAUUUUUUUUUUAUUAUUAUUAUUUUCAUAUCUCGCAUUUUAUUCCCGGUCGCGUCGCACUCGCGAUCCGAAAACGUCAGCGGUUCCCCGCCUUACGCGCGCCGGGCGUGCGUUUUUUUCCCCCGACGCGCGCGGACUCGACGCCGCCGGGCGUUUUUAUUAUUUUUAUUGUUUUUUUUUUUUUUUCACCGUCGGACCGGAAACGGCGCCGGCCACGUCCCGCAGUCGCGUUCCGUAACGUUAUCGUCCGCGUUUCCUGAGCGUCCGUAACACGACGGCGGAUCGCGCGAUUGUUUCGUCCGGCGCGGACGUCGGUAUGGCCGUAGUCAAACAUCGAAUUUGGGUCGUUUGUUCGUUUUUUCGAAUUACGCACGUACGCGUGGAACUAGGUGUUUUUAUUACAUACCGUCGUCUUUGUCGCUAACCACGAAUUUCGUCUGUCGCCACCGGUGACCGCCGAUAUCGGCCGUCAGUUCGUCGCCACGGGCGGAUAGGUAAAUCUACCGAUGGCGCAUUAUUUAUGCGGACCGACAUCUUGGGUAAAUCGACAGUUUCAAUUCAGCCGCGUUCGUCACUACCAAGGGUAACCCGAGGACCGCGUUGGGGAUGUCCACCGGAAAGUACCCGUUGUCCCAGCAGGCCUAUACGAUCGUGGCUAUCACUGUUGUCGGCGCAAUACCGAAAAUCUGCACAUCAUCAGACGUUCGCCUUGAAAUCGUCAGCUGACCCUCAUAAUACCUAUACGUACCUAUCGGAUGUGGUUCGAUUUACUAUCGCAAACACAACAACUUCAUCACGAGACGAUAUUGUGAAAAAAAUAACCAAACUUAACUUACCGGCAAAAAACUGUUUCCGAUUUUUCCACGCCGCGCCAUAGUACAUUUCGUAAAUUCUCCCGUCUUGGCUACGUUUUUCCCAAAUUUUUCCCGUUUUUACGAAAGCUCCUGAAAAAAUAACUUUCUUAAAGUAAUUAUAAACGUCACUUGCAAAACCAACACAUUACUCGCUCCGUUCAGAAUCUUAAAUUUAAAACAAUUACAUUAUUCCAAGACUUAAUUCACAUUUUCCGCGUUGGGACGCGUCUAGUUUAGCGGACCAAACGCAUCAGUGUAUUAUUUCGCGACCUAUUAAAAUAUUUCCCUUAAUACUCUUAAGUAUGUAACUGAACAUUUUGUAGACGGCGAUUCGUCGUGGAAAACUGCGUCUUUACCGUUUUACGGGAAAAGCGGCCAAACUCAAAAUCGUAUUAUUUUUUCGUGUUUCGCACACUGUUCCGGUAUAGUACAGUAUUACAUCAGCGACGUUUUGUUCAAACGGUGUCCGCCGAAUUUCGUAUUUUUUUUUUUUUUUUUUUAGAAAGCAAAAGAAAAAAAAAACAAACCAACAAAACGGUUUUUGUACGACGAAGUCUAUCACGGGAAACCAAUAAAACCGCUCGUUUGUCGACCUCGCGCAUCGAGCGCACGCGUUGAAUGCGGUACACGAACGAAUUCGGAACGGAUCCGCGUUGAUGCGAUUGUAGCAUUCGAAAAUGGCGCCCGGACGUCCUUCGGCCGACGCACCGCCAACGCGAUUUCCCGCGUAAACACGGACAACUCGCGGGGAAAAACGAACGUUCGCGCGUUCCGAGAUUCCCGGCGUUUCCCGUCCCGUCGCCGUUUCGCGCGGACAAUGGUUUAACGGUACCGCCGUUGUUGUUAUCCGCGCGUGGCCGACGGACGUUUUACGGCCGCGGAACGGUAAAUGGCCGAUCGUAAAACGGCAAUAACGGUGCCGGGCGCACGACUCGCUGUCGUCACGGCGCCGUGUAAAAGCCGAAAAGCCGUAAAACAAUCACGCCAAAUGCGAUACGAAUAAUUUUCUUUUACGCACGUGUGUGUGUGAAGAGUCGUUUCCUAUUAUCGUUUUUCCCCCGGUCCGCGGUGUUACGGUAACAAUUACGGGCACACGACGGCACGACGACGAGAUACGAGACGACAACGGCGACACCUUCACCGGUCGGGUAUCGGGGUUUUCCGGAGUGGGGGGUGGUAGGGGAAACGGCGGGCACGGCGAUUCGGCGCCGCGGAGAACGGGCGUCCGAAUGUUUCGGGGGGCGGCGGGCGGUCACGGACGGGUGGGCACACGCUGCUGGUGGUGUCGUCGGACCGUUGUAACCGCCGGGGAUUCGUCGCGUUCGUGUAUGAUAAUAGCGUUUGUAAUAGUGUCGCCGAGCGGCGAGCAUUGGGAAAUCUCGAAUCUGGGAUCGGGUUUCAGUUGAAAACGUAACGAAAUGACAAACGAUACGUGAAACAAUCGAUUUUUGAAUUGUCCCGGACUAACUACUCGACAAACGUACGGAGUUUUGAACAUUAAGUUUUCAGAAUAAUAACACUAAGGGACGCUCGGUAGCAAAGGGGCACGUGUUUCCCCCUGAGGAAUACAAUAGUCCUCGGAAAUCGUACGACCCCCGCUUAAUGUUCGCCUCGCGGUCCGAACGCCGAGGACAACGAUAACGACAAGGAUAAAUGAUAACCGUCCGACGUUAUUAUAUUUAAUUGCAUAAUUGUUCCGUCUUGUCGAAAUCGUAGGGCCGCUUUCGUUCGUUCGUUCAUGCAAACGCCGCGUAGAUUUUCGUGUGCAGCGUGGUAACACGCGACACAAAAAAAAAAAAAAACGGUUCUUAUCAUAUUUAUCACUCGCCGCGAACAGUUCGGAAACACUACCGCGUAAAUUAGUUGUUAAACUAAAGCUUGGCGCUACCAGCGGAAUUAUUUUGAUUUAUCAGCGAUAGUAUUCUAUAAUAUCAUUUCAAAAAAAAAAAAAAAAAAAAAUAAAUAGAAUUUGUCGGUUUUGUUUAAGUUAACUUUUGAGAAUUAAACAAUAAAUAAACAAAAAAAUUCAAUCGUUGCGCUCUGUAACGUACUAAAGCAUAUUUUAAUAAGUCCCGCGUAUCGUGGUAAAAAUCAACGAUAGGUGUCAAAUUGAAAAAACAAAAACGUGACUUCGGAGUACGCGAAAAACAUUUAAAACCCAAGGGUGUCGUUAGCGAGAGGGGUCCGAUUGUCCGGGGUGAAUAAAUAUUCGGUUAGGCACAAACCCCUCGUAGUAUUGUCCACAUUCGACGAUGUUACGCAUUACGAGAUGACGUUUAAAUGUUUUCUCGUUCUGCGAUAUUACGCGUACGAAGCAAUUGCGAAAUUAUCGCCUAAUGGAAAGUGAAACGGGAUUAACCAGUACGAACGAGUAAAAAGUCGAUUGAUACGAAUGAAACGUUGUUCUGCACCACGGUGUACAAUAUCGUUCGCUCCGAAUACAGGGUCGUCACGCCUCCUCAAUGGUUUACCGCUCGUUAUUGCCGUCGGUUACAAUUACUCUAUUCGUAUUUUGCUCCGACGUCCGCCUGGAAAGUACACGUUACCGAGGACCGAUUGUUCUGUCACCGGGACGCGGAGCGCUAGUGUCCGGUUUAAUCGGCACGGUAGGUUUUCUCCCGCCCCGCGGCGUCCAUUAUCCCGACUUUAGACAAUACGGCCUCGUGCCGCGGAUUAUCGCGGUUAGGCGCGGACGGGCAACGCGAACCAACGGUUGAGUAACGGCGCACCGCGGCGUUUGUGUUUCAGGUACCAGAAGGAAAAAUGCGGAUUCCGCGGCGAAACGGCCGGAUCGGUUGUGAUAGAGUGGUGGCGCCGGUUCCGGCGGUACAAUGCACGCUGCCAGCACCGGUGGCGGUCUCGUUUGUUUUGUCGUCAUUUGGCUGGUGGUGCUCGCAGUGCUGGUCAUGACCGCAGCCGGCGCCUCGUCAACGUCCGCCGCGGCCACCGCCACGGUCACCGCCACGGUCAACACCACCGCGGCAGUCCACAGUACCACUUCUACUACUAGUACUACGCCGCGGUCGACCACGUCGGCGGACGACGCGGCCGCGGCCAAACGGGCGUUGGCAGCGGAGAAAAACGCGACAGCCGCAGCCGACCGCAAAACGGCCUGCGAGGUGGUGCGCGUGUCUGUCCGGAAGCCGGCGUGCUCCGGUCAGAUCAGCGAGGGCCCUGGCCCGCCGCCGCCGCUGAGACUGCCACCGUCCAGGUGUCCCGCGGCCACGUGCGCCGCGUCACGCGUUGACCGGUCAUCCGAUAACAAUAAAAAUAAAAAUAUUAAUAAUAAAGAUAACGUUAAUAAUUACGAUAGAAACAUUAAUAAUAAUUCUAAUAUUAAUUCUAACGAUAACGGUAAUAAUAAUAAAAAUAGUAAUCAUCAGUGCCUUGAAUACGUCCGUCCGGAGCUCAUGCCGGAAAUGUGCCCGAGCGACCCGAUCGCGUACAUCCGUCCGGGCCGUCUGUCCCGGUACCGGCUCCGGCACUGUUGCCACCACACCGUCGAGUCGGUCGUGCAGAGGCCGUACCGCGACAGGAGCUCGUGCGUGGAACGGGUGAACGAAGCCAUGCGCAUGGACAGCGUCGCGGCCGCCAUGUCGUGUCAGUUCGACGAGGUGUUGGCCAGGUACGAUUGCAAGCAGCAGUACUCGGCCAAGACGUGCGAUUCGUGCAAGGUAAGCGUCCCGUCCCGUGCGCGGCGCGCGCGUUACAAUUAUCAUUACAAGUGACUCCUCGUCCGAACGCUAACCGCGAUCGGCGUGCGUCUGUCCGCGAAACGCGGCGGUGAGUCGUGAUUCACCGCACAUUUUACAGCACAGCCCGUUUGGUGGCGGUACGUUUCGUCUGACGCACCGUUACACACGGUGGAAUUUCAAAGUUUCGAAAUACCGGAGAGAUUUCGACCGGAAGUGCGGUAUAAAAAAAAAAAAAAAAAAAAACGCGCAAUUCAAUUCCGAUCGGAACAAUAUCGAAACAUUAAAAUCCAUAAGAAUACGUCACGUACCGUGGCUCUUGCGAUUGGACAGUCGCGAUUUUCAGAACAUUAUGGGCGGGUGGUCGUAAGCCGCGGGCGGGAGCGAUGAUCGUCCGGCCGGAAAUCACCGGGCCGAAAGUACAGUAGCAGGGGCAGCUUGGAUCGCUGCUUUAAAUUGCUUAAAAGCUACGGACAUACUUCGCACGAUGGGCGGGACACUGUUGUAUAGUGAGAAGUCGGGAAGGUAGAAGGGAAAUUGAACGUACGCAAAGAUUAACCAUUAAUAACGGAAUACGAUUCCGAACGGAGUCCGGUUAUACAUGUUUUGAGGGGUGUUUACGGUUUGAAAAUAAUACAUUUCGUAAAUUCUCCCGGUUUUUCUCAUUUAUUAUGAAUGCUCCUGAGAAAAUCAAACUACGACUUCCUUAAUGCACUACUCCAGUCAGAUUUCCUUUCACAAAAAGUGCUAUACUUGAAAAUCGGAGCGAGAUUGCCUGUAGAAAAGUUGUUUACAGAAAAUAAAUAAAUAAAUAUCAUCGUAAGAUCGAUACGUUCCUCGCUUCGCUCAGAGUAUUAAAGGAUUCCCUAACAAUCAUCGUUACUUUUUAUAAAUUUAGGGCGCUACAACAUUAGUUUUUUAUUUUUAAGAGUAGUGCGCUACUUUUUUCCCGAUUGACGUUUUUCUGACGAGAGAAAAAUGGGAUCAAUACGCUUUCCCGACACUAUUAUCCCGACAGUUCAUUUGUCCGAUAAUACAUUUUACAUAUUCUUACUGUACCGACGCAAUUUUAAUUAUUUUUUUUAUUAAUACGUAAUAUGUAUUCAAUUAUUGAAAUUUUAUAACUGUGUCCGAAACGUUUGAUUUUGAUUGUGACACUGAACAGUGAAAUAAUGUAAUGUUUUAUUUGAAUUUUCGAAUAAUUUUCGACACGGACGUAUUUAUAAAAAAAAAAAAAAAAAAAAAAAAUUCUAUACCGUCGGACGAACGUACCGAGUAGUGUAAAAACGUGACCUGUGACCUUUACCGAGGUCGUUUUUCGAUUUUCCCGGCUGUUUUCACAAACCGCUUUCCGAACGGCGAGACCGCGCGGGUCGCGGUAGAAUUUCGGGGGAAAUUUCGGGCCGCGGUUCCGAACCGGUUGUCUGGAACCCCGCCGGGCCAACGCGUACAUUUAACGAAACCCUCGCCGAUUCCGCAAUAUUCCGCCGCGUAACGCGCGCCCCGCGGCGCAGGUCCGUCGGAUGAGCGAUGGAAAAAAAAAAAAAAAAAAAAAAAACAACCAACAACAACAGCGACUAAACAACCGAACAACGAAAGGCCCGUACCUCCAGCUCGCCGCGGUCCGGCGCGCCCGGCGUUACGCCCGACGGCGGUUACGGCGCGCGUACGACGCGGCGCGCGCCCCGAAACGCCUCCGUCUCGCGCCCGGCUCCCGUGCCCGGCGGACGGGCGGCGGCCGUCGGGCGGUAUUAGAAACGUCACAUUAAACCGAAAAUCCGCAGCCGCGAGAAACCGCAAGUUUGAUCAUUAUUUACUCGCGGCAGAAACGUUUGCAUUAAUAACGAUAUUAUUAUUAUUAUUAUUAUACGUAUUAUACGGCUGCACACCGGUACAUGCCGGGCGCGCGGCGUACAGUUUUACGUUCGAUAUUUCAUUGCCUCGCGAAAACGCCGCUCUCCCUUACGAUCCUCCACCCCUCCGAAAUAACUAUCCUUCCGGAAGAGACCGAGAUCGAGAUUUUCGAUAUUAUAUAGUUUUCUAACGUCGUCGCAGUCGUCGCAGUCGUCGCCGUCGAAAUCUCUAAACUUUGCCGCUAAUGGCCGCCGAACGGGACCGCCUCGUCGCCGCGGGAAGACGCUCUAUCGAUUCGGUACCCAGUCUUCUAUACUUUCUCACUACUCUCACUCUCCUUCUCUCUCUCUCUCUCCCACUCUCUGUCUCUCUCUCUGUCUCGAAAUAUAAGAGUUUAUAUAUAUAUAUAUAUAUAUUGUACGAGGCAACGUUUUUGGCGGGACGCCAACGAAUCCGGUCCGACGACAUUUCGGGCUACGAUAAAAAUAAUUAUUUUCGCUACGAAAAUUAUUACGCGGCCGCGUACGCGAUAUAUUACACGUUAUGUCGUACGGUUAAUGUUUGAAAAUAUCGGAUAACGUCGACUUUCGGUUCGGUGUUGCCGAUUUCGCGUUGUCUCGGUGUUAACGGCGAAGAGCACAAUCGAACACCCACGUACAAGUACUAUAAGACUUGCCGUACCUAACCCGACGGAACGGAUCGGAUCGGAAAAGUCGGGAAAAAACCGAUUGCGUACGUUCAAAUAGGUCUCUCCGCACAUUAGUUCGAAUCGGAUCGGGAUCGUCACGUCAGAACGGACCGGAACGCGCGUUGUUUCGUUUCAAGAACUUUUUCGCUGCUACUAUCACUCGUUUUUAAAAAUAAAAUCGUCUUUUAAACAACUAAUUGGAAGCGUGACUGUCGGUCACUACAAAGUCCGACACACGACUGACCAGAAUAUCCCGAUACGAUCCGAUGUAGUGUGCGGACUUGUUUCCGUUCCGAUCCGAAGUAGUGUGCGGCAAACUUAUGAACGCCGUCGGUUUAUUUCCGACGAUUUCAAAUGGUUAAGUGGGAUGUGACGAUUUUUUUAAAAUUCUAACCGAUACACACGUAACUCGCUAGCGAAUUUAAAAUACCGAAAAAAAAAAAAAAAAAACCAACGGGCACAGAACCCUACUUAACGUUUGAUUGCAGGCCGAUUUGCGCUAAUCGAAUUAAAACCGACGGCGCGAAUCCGGUCAUGCCGAACGAAAAGUCGACGUUAUCCGAUUAUCAACAUUAUUGGCCGUAACGCGGAAAAGCUAUUUCGAAUUUCACGUUACGGUCAAAUUUCCCGUGAGUUAUUUUUAUUCUCCUGAUAAAUGACUCGUGCGAAAACUUUUCGGAAUUAUCUAAACGCAGUUAUAUUAUAGUGUCCACGGUUUUCAGGGCGGUCGAAACGGUUACCUAUUCUCGGUUUUCCAACAGCGACCCAAAAUAAAAGUUCGAUAAACAAACGGUGUGUCACUGUUCACAGUUUAUGGGACGGGGCGAGUAGCGGAGCACUGUUUGAAUACCGCCGCACGAAUUAUGCUCCACUACCCUUCUCUUAUCCAAAACACCCCCCUCCCCCUCCUCCCAAAAGCAUGUAACGUCUCGUCGACGGGUAGACGGAAAUCGAAAACGUCACCGCCGAAACGUGUUCGGACCGAUAGGAGUUGGCGGAAUUUCCGGGCGGGACCCGUUUCGCCCGAACAUAUUUUAGGCAUUUUAAAAUAUUACAAAGCGGCAAAGGUUUUAAUCGAAUAAUGUUAACAUUUUUAACAGUUCAGUAGUAUAUAUUACCAUACACAGUGGCCGCCGUCAAUCGAAAUCCGAAUCGCAUUGUCGUUACACACUGUUUAAAAACGUUUUUUUUCCCAUUUUAAUUACGGUUACGUUUACGAAAAUCGCUCGAGAUAGAAGCACGGCGGUUUUCAACCGUUGCAAUUAUGAUUAUGCCCCGGGGAAACGCGCGCAACGACGAAAACCGUUGGCGGUGUCACGUUCGGUUGUGGCGAACGGAAAAAGAAUAAAAGAUAUUUUAAAUUCCGACGUACGUCGUGUUGCGCUACCGAAAUAAACCGACAAACAGCGAGUGGUUCUUGUAAACGCAAAGCUUCUGCGAAUCUGUAUACACUGUCGAAAAAAACUAUUUUAAACGAGUUAUCAUCAGAAAACACCCGGUUUAGACUUUGACACGGUUCUGGCGCGAUUAGAAAAACCGUUUUUAGAAGCGGGCGUAUAGUUCUUCCGUUUAUCCCGGCUAUCGGUGAUCGGGAUAAAGAUCUAAACGCGACUGUAUAAUGUCACAACUUGUUACAAUUGUUACAACCAAGUAUAUUGUGAUGGACUUUUGGAAAAAUUAAUAAUUUAUAUUACAAAUGGCAAUGUAUCACCUGACAACAAUACGUACAACGGUUACGUUGUGUCGAAUUCGUGAUAAAUUUUGUGGACAAUACGAUUAAAAACCAUUGCCGAAACGAUUUUGAAAUGCCGAAAAUACGUUUGGACGAGACGGGUCGCCGUUCGAAAACCCGAAAACGGGUAACCGCGUCAGUUUCCCACUCGGACGGGGGCGUACGAAAAUACGGCGCGGCGUACGGACGUUUGAGAAUAUUCGGAAAAGUCUUGUACGCGGGUAGGCGUUCGGCGGCAAAAAACAACCGUUUCGCGGGAAAUCCGACCGCGACGCGAAAUUCGAAAGGCCCCCCCCGGCGCCAAUGAUUAAUUAUCAGCGGUCGCGCGCGCGGCGGAUCCGUGCCGUCGACGAGUCCGUUGCGGGAACGCCGUCGACCGAGACGGGAGAAAUCCUUGAGACACGCGUCCGGAACGCGCUGCGGUUGCACACACGCGCGCACGCGCACGCGCACACACGUACGCCGGACCGCGUACGCGGGCACGCGGACCUUAGCGACGCGGCAUCUCCCGGGGGCGUUUUCACGCGUCACGGUAUUCCGGGACGGACGGGAUGUGCGGCGGGAGGGCGGUGGAGAGCUCCGGCGCGGCGGCGUCGGCGCGUGAUUUAUGUGGCCGUUUCCCGACGAGGCGGUACAAUAAUAAUGUAACGUGAUUUUUAGGGGGUAGGGGUAGUGGUAGGGGCGAGGGCUGGGGGGGGGCGACGACGUCGUACGCGGGUCGGACCGCCGCGCGCCCGGCGACGCGUCCGCAUCAAGGGGCGACGGUUAUUAUAAAUGGACGCGUCGAUGCGAUAUUAUCACCGGGCCCGAAAACGUCGCCCGCGAAAAAUCCCGCCCCGCGUUAUAUUAAUAGCAUCGCCGCCGUCACUGUUAUCACGCGCCGGCGUGCGCAUUGUCACGGGCGUCGUUCGCGACCGCGCGCUUUCCACGCGACCUAUUGUCCCGCGCGGCGGAUUCCCCCCCCCCGUGCCCCGUUUUGUAGAGUGUCCGCCGCGGCGUUUCCCGACUUUUUGCGCCCGCUGAACGUUUUCGGCGACUCGAAUAUCCGCCGGAACCUUCGGAACCUUUUUUUUUUUUUGCUUGUCGUUUCGUUUUUUCCCGCAAUCGCAUAACAACGCACGCGUAUUUUCCGGACACCGAAAUGAACGGGCGGUCCGAGACCGCCGGCGACGUGUUCGUAAUGCCACUGUCCGUGGCAUACCGCGCGGCUCGUCAAUUUCGAUUGCAAAAAAAAAAAAAAAUAUUCAAUUCGAAAAUGCGUCGUUUACAUCGUUUUAUUUUUCCCCGAGUUCUUCGCGGCACCCUCGGCGCCCGUUCACGGAACGCCAGUCGGGAGACACUCCGUUACCGGGUCGACGGCCGCCGCCGUUCAGCCGACCGCACGCGCUUUCGGCGGACGCCGGAUAACUCGGCGGUCGCAUACGGACAACUGCGUAACGCGUGGGUAAUUUUAUCCGGAUUAUCGUUCAUAGGUGCGAUCAUAUGGACCGCCGACUACGGGGGCGCCGAAUUUACGGACACGUCAAACACCCGCGGGGGGGCGGCGUGCAGGCUGUGCCCCGUUCACACUGCUCCGACGAAAUUGUCGACUUCACCCGCGAUUCGUAAUUUCGUACGUACGAAAUUCGUCGUAACUGUUUUAACGUUAUUUUUCGUAUGCACUCGUGCAGCAUCAGAUUCCGUGGGAAACGCGUCGUCUAUAUUUUGUUCUGCUCAUUAUUUAUAGAACGCAAGGGGAAAAUGUCCGAUCGUUACUACACGAAAAAGCCGAUUGGAUUCUUUUUUUUUUUUUUGGUGGGGGGGGUUACUAAUUUUGAACUCCGGGGUGCUAAAGACCCCUUAACGGGCACCCAGUUGCGUCCGUGUUUUCGUUUGGGAACCGCACUCCGGUCGAUUCGAAUAGCGAAUAAAACUUUCCGGAUCGUCCGCGAAUCAGUCGAAUACGAAUUUUUCCGAAUAAGACGCGCGUUAUAAAACGCGCGCGCCACAUUAAAUUUCAAACACCGACCACGAAAAUAUUCGAAACGACAUUUUCGGUGUACUCGCGGUCCAUCGACCGGUUUUUUUUUUUCUUUGAUUUCGCAUUACUAGAGUUUUGCCAACCAUUCAAUUUUUAAAAAUCGGGACUUUUUCCAAUACGAGAAAAUUGUAUUUUAAUUUUAGUAAAAUAAUUUUCGGCGUACCGUUUAUCACACUUUCUAUUCGCUAUUUGCGUGGUGUUGCACAUCCGAUUUAUCUCUGUGAGACAUUAAAAAGUCUCUCCUACAUGGUUUAAAAUGACAACGCAAAAAUGCUAUUUUCCGAUUUUCGAAGACGGGUAUUAGAACUCAAUUACAUUUCACAAAAAUUUCAAAAACGUUUUACCUUUUUCGUCGGACUAAUUUGUUCUCCGGAGUCGCUCAGUUUAUAAUAUGAUCAUAAUGUAUAGGUACACGCCGAUCGCACACGCGCACAACACGAACAUACACGGCGAACCGGAGCGGCUCAUUCCAAAAAAAAAAAUUAUCGUGCCCGUAUUAAUGAAACGACACGGUUGGGGAAAAAUAUACGGAUAAUCAGUAACGAUUCGGGCACACGAUCUUUAACAGCAAUCCGUCGGAUGACUGAUACCUUUUUAUCAACGGUACUUUUUUUCGUUUAAACAAAUGCGGAAAAUAUGUAUUUUCAUACAAGUCUGUGCGUAUUGUGCGCAUUGUAUCUCCGCCGAACGAACAAAAAGGAAACGCGUAAAUCCGAUUGACGAAAUACAAAAAAUGAUAAGUAAAUAUUAUGUCGAGCCGGGCGCGCCAUACGUGUAAUGACGACAACGGCAAUAACGACAACGACAAUAACGACAACGACAAUAACAACAAUAACAAUAACAAUAACAACAACAAUAAUUUUAUUAUGUGCGUGAUGCGCGGAUGACGUUUGCGUUUAUUCGCCGUGCGCCUAUGACGCCCGCCCCUAUUAUUAAUAUGCGCGUCGUGCACGCAAACGAUUACGGAAUAUAUCCCAAUAUCUGAACCGGAAGUAAUAUGCGUUUUAAAGAGGGUUUUUUUUUAAUUAUUUUUUUAUAUUUUUAAAUAGAGCUCCGAAAUCACGGGUUAUUGAUCUCGAAAGUAAUUAAAGUAAUCAAACGGAUAAAUGAAAACGUAAUAGGAUACCGGACAUAUUUCGCACGAUUGGCGGGCCACUGUUAUAGGCGAGAAGUGGUGCGGGUAGAGGGGAAAUUUAACGUAAUACACGUAUACGCAACGGUUUAAUAUCGCUACACGAAACAACGGUUCUGGACUGAGUUCGGCUACGAAAGGACACGGAAGGCUAUAGUAUUUUAAAACAUUAUGCCACGUAAAUUUUCCCGGUGUUUCUACGUUUUUUCCCAUUUAUUACGAACACGGCUGGGAAAACCACAAACGAUCUCCUUGAAGUACCGCCCCGGUCAAAUUCUCCCUCAGGAAAACCGGUACAAUUUAAAAUUGCCGGUGUAAAACAUUGUAAAACCAAUAUGUUUCUCGCUCCGCUCAGAAUCUAAAACGGUUCUUAAUGGUUAGUUUCUGACCGUUAGGAUAUUAGACGCGCGUAAAAUGUCGGAAACAAUUAACGGGAUGAAUUUCGUAAGUUCGUCGAGGGCGCUUUCCGUGUCCGGAGAUACGGACAAAUCGGUGGUUUCACGCGAUUCUGGACGACGAGUUGAUCGGAAAGAUCGGCUCGGCGUUUAUCGCGCGUACGGUUGGUGUUCAGUGGCGUGAUCACGCAACUCCCAAUGCCCGUGCGAAACACUCUGUAUCAACCGGAUCGAGGACCGAGCGCACGAAAUCCGAUUCGGCGUUCCAUCGCUUGAAGCACUAAGUAAAGGAAAAGACCGUCGCCUAUUUUCGUGCUACGCCUGUCCGAUCAUCGCUCGUAUUGCCUGAAAAAAAAAAACAGUCGCACUUUUCUUGUACUCCCUUUUAAAUAGGUCUUGAGCCCCGAUCCGGACGCUGCCGGCGGACCCGUGACUCAAUGCCCGUCGUGUCGGCCGCCCUAUCGGUACGCCACCCGCGGAGGCGUUCGCCGAAGAGAAAUGGUUCGUGGUGACGCCGUCAUUCGACGGGUUUGUCGGUACGCGAUAUUAAAAAAUUACACCGUACGGUAUUUCGGUUAUCACGUUAUCGUAUCGCGCGAUACAAUAAUAUUGUUACUAGCGAGAAGCUACGAACGUGUUCACGACACCGGAGUCAAGAUGAUUUUUUUUUUUUUUUGGUUUUUUGUUCUUCUCACGGCUCAUAACGGUUCAACUGUGACGCGCACUGCUCUUUUCCGUUCGCAGACCACUUUUAUACCGGAAACGAACGCCAAGAGACGUUUUUCCUGUCACACAUUGGAUCCGUUCGGCACGCCGACGGGGUCGUUUUUCCAUUUAUCCCGUAGCCCAAACACUCGGACAAAUCCGACAACGUCUCGUCCGAUUUCCAUUCAUUGUUCCGGACUCGUUUCGUUUAGCAACAACGGGCGGUUAUCGAUGCUCCGCUCGGAAUCGUUUUUCGCAAGCGAUAGUCGAUCGGGCGGCUACGGAUGUAAAUUAAAUCGAUCAAUACUCUUGCCUUCCGACAUCUCUCCCAAAACAGUGGCGCGCCCGUCGGCAGUAACGAACUUUUUUUUUUGUUUUUCAUUUUCCAAACAUAAUACGAUUAUUUAUACGAUACUAGAGAAAAGUUUAGAUUUCUUUCUAAAAACAAUUGCCAGCAUAUACGAGAACAACUUUUCGUCCAGCCCAUAUUAUUAAUACUAUUGUUAUACAAUACUACUUCUCGGGUUUUUUUUUUGUCAUAAUGUCCUGUAUACAGGAAGACAGGAAGGGGGAGAAGGAAAGUUAUACACUCCGUUAUUGGUUUUUACUACCUAUCGGUUUGCUUCGACGAUAACCGCUGCUGGUUCUGGGUUAUUAAUUGUUAUUAUUAUUAUAUUAUACGCUACAAGAACUCGGGGCAUUUUUUUUUUCUAGUCAAUACCCGUUGCUCGUUUACUCUCCUCUCCUUUAAAAAAAAAAAAAAAAAAACCCGUCGGCACUUUACCCGGCUACCCUCCUCCUUUCGUCGAGAAGAGUAUUUCCGACGUAAAACAUAUCAGACGUUUCGUUACAAAACCGACGAAUUCGGUCAGUUACCGUAAAUGUUGUGGCGGACACUCGGCGAACAAAAACUUACUCCGGCGGGUGUUCGGUGGACUUUACUGCGUUUCCGUACGGACUCAGAAAACUUUCUUCUUGUUCUUCGAAAAAACAUAUUACUAUGGUAACACACGUGCAGUAUAUUGUACGCUAAUUUCAUACGGCCCGCAGACAAGUAGGCAGAAAAUGACGAAAAUUGAAUACGAUAUUUUAGAACCGUAAUAUUUCUUAUUUUUGUCAUUUUUAAAUUUUAACAAUAUUAUACGUUUUGGAUUCCGAGCGGAGCGAGGCAUAUAUAUUACAAUGAUGUUUAUUAUAAUUUUUUUUUCUAUACAAAUCUUUUCUACCAGUAAUUUUGUUCUGAUUUUGCAAGUAUAGCACUUUUUCUGAAAUUUUUUGACUUUCCCGGAAUUAUCUCUAUGAAUGGAAAAAUCGGAAAAAUUUACGAAAUGUAUAAUUUCAAAAUCUUAAAUACUAUAACAUUUCCAAACAUGUAUAGUCGAAAUCUAUUCUGAAUCGUUUUUCGAUAGCAAUGAUGAUCGAUUUUCGCGUGCAGAUAUACAUUAAAUUUUCCCGUAUACCCUACAAUCCCGAAUUUUCGCCUAUAAUAGUGGCUCACCCAUCGUCCGUAUUUUUUUUUUUGUUCUGGUUUAUCAUUUGUAUUCACCGGUCUUUACCGACAACGACUGUUAUACCGAUUACGAUAUCUUAUCGCUCAUGUUUUUAUUUGUAAACCUUUGUGUCGGACGACAUUCAGCCGAUUUCACGUCUACGACAGUUCGUCAAUCACCCGUCGUGACCCGUUUUUUCCGUGUCGUAUUACGCUGUUAUUGGUUUAUUUUUUUUGUUUUUUUUUUUUUUUGAACCGCUCAAAUUUAUCUCAUCCGUUUAGUGGACGGUUAAACAAUUUUCGAAGGUUUUACUGUCGGAUACGCGGAACAAGAGAAAUGUCGAAACUAAAAGCCGCCGAACCGGCCGCGCACGCGUGUCCGUCGUCGUCACAAACGGUCAUUUUCGCACGGGACGGAAGGCGACGACGCGCGUGCCCGCGUCCGUGAUGAACCGGACGAAAACUCCACGUUUACGAAUUCGUCCGCGGCCGUCGACGGAGCGGCGGGGAAACGAAAUGUCCGGGGCCCACAGCGUCGCGACGCUGCGAAAUCACAACGGAACGUUUUUUUCCCGGGGAACCGCGGGCGCGGGCGCGGCGCCGUAACACGGCGGGUACGGCCCGCAGCGUUGCGUGUUUACGGCGGACCGGCGUGCGAACGGAACCGCGUAAUCGAUUCGGAUCGGCCGCGCGGGUGCCGACGGCGCGCGCGUAAUAAUAAUAAUAACGAUAACGAUAACGCAAUGCACACGUUCGCAACGCACGGGGACGGACGGACAGCCGUUUAUCGGCCCUCCGGGGUUAAACGGCGUUGGCGAUUUAAACGCGAUAAAUUCACUCCGUUCCGCGCCCCCCCCCCUUUUCGUACGGGCGGGGGGGGCUUGUCAUGAUUGUUGUUAUUAUUGUCAUUACAGCCGCCGCCGCUGCCGCCGCCGCCGUUGCUCCAUACGCGUGCCGCGGUAUUUAAGUGAAAACGCGGGCGCGAACGGUUCGAGUUCCGUAAACUUUAUCGUCCGGUUUUACCGCGUCGGAUUUCGUAUCGAUAAAACGCAAUCGUAACGGCGCGAAAACGGUAGGUAGAAAAAAAAGAAAGAAAAGAAAUAAUAAUAAUAAUAAAAAAAAGAAAAAGAAAACCCGCGUCGUUUUUUUUUUUAUUCCCGUUUUCAAACUGUGCAUCGUCUCCGGCGCAUGGUGUUCGGCGUUUACAUCGUCACAUAAACUGUAACGCGAAACAUUUCAACCGCGCGUAUUCAGAUCUACGACAAAAGUGUUUUUUAUGGACGUCGGUGUGUAAGGGGGAGGUGGUAAAUUUCGAACAAAUAAAAAUUAACACCAGAUCCGAAUAGUAUUUUUUAAGCAACUCUUCGAAAAAUUCGAUGUUAUUUUUACCUCUUCGAACAUUUGAAAACGAGCGACAUUUAAAACUGAAGUUCAAAUUAUUCAAGAAAAAUUAUCUCGGUUUAUUAUUUGAGUUUACGAUACACAAUUUAACGCGGACAGUGGCUUAAUCACGAUGUGGGAGGGAAGUCGCGGUUUCCUCCCGAAAUUUGAUAUUUUUUUUUCUACGAGUUUUACGCAAUACGUGCAUAAAGUGUAUUGCAAUUGUUACAGACAUUUACUCGAGAUCUCGAAUACUUGCAUACACAUCGCGCUCGUCAUAAAUUUAGUAGUUCACUAUCUCAAAAGCCCAUCCGGAAAUCCAUUUGGAAUCCGUAACCCCUCUUCCCCAUUCAGAAAAAAAUUCUGGUCGUGCCACCGGACGCAGUAAUAAUAUUAAAUUUUCAAAUAUUAGAUCAAUUAUUCAAUUAUAUUGAUUACUAGAUAUUUGUAUUGGCCGAAAACCGACGGAGAUCCGUUGUUUUGGACAUUUCGACCGUCGCGUUUAGUGACUAGCGAGUAUAAACGACCAGCGAAACUGAUCCGUGCUUACAAACCGUACCGUAUAAUAUUAUACGCACCGCUCUGAAUUCGAUCGUCGUAUCGAUGUACGGAAAUGAAUUGACAAAUGGAAAAAAAUAAAACCACUCCGACUACUACAGUUUACGCGGGCGUAUACAAAUCAGCCUUGGAUUUCGAUUUCUAAUGUGGAACGAAUAGAAAAAAAAAAAAAAUCUAUAUAAAUAUUCGUUUUACACUUUCGUAUCGUCGUCGAGGCGAUCGUUAAAAUCGGAUCUGCGCGUUUCCACGCGGAAUAAAAUGCGCCACAAUACGUUUGCGAUGGGUAUGCGUGAUCGUUGUAACGUGAGGUGCGGCAGAGAAUUCAAUUUAUGCCAUUAAAUUACCAUUGCCGAGUAAUAGUGAUUGCGAGCAAAGUUCCGUCGAAUAAUGAUUCGAAAUGCCGCGAAAUCACCGCAAAUUUUACGGUAAAUCCGUUUUCGUUUCGCCGUUUAUGUGUUUAAAUUCACGAUAAAUUCCGCGACAAAUUAUUUUCCAACGUGUUUUUUUUUUUCCCCGUAUAUCGAAAACCGUCAAAACGUUAACGAUCGCCUUUGGAAAACGCGUAAACGUCGACACUGCCGCAUAUGUAGGCGACCGAACGACAGCGACAACGGACUCGGAUAAAACAACACCCUAAAUGCACAGUCGAAAGUUUUCGGGAAUGUUUGUCGCGUGAAAUAGCGCCGGGCGGUACGGCGGCGAACGAACGUCGGAUGGUUUACGUUUCGAUCCUGUAAUUUUGCCCGACGGCGAAUACGUACUCCGAAACCGGUCGAACAACACGCGUUUAUUUAUUCGUACGCGUUUAUUUUGUUUUUUUUUUUUUUUUACGAUUUUUCGACCGUUUAAGAAUUUCGUUUUUAAUUCAAGUCAGUCGACGUUUCUCGUCGCGCGGCGUUAACCGCGCCGACAAUGCGAUACCGCCGCAAACGAAACCGCCCGAAUCAACUCCGUUGGAUCGCGUAUCGCUCGACCGGCGCGCAACGGGACAAAGACGGAACACGAACGGCGAUUCAUCCACCGACGGCCGGGUAAAAAACAAAAAAAAAAACAUUCCGACGGAACGGAGACCGGCCGGUACGGUGGCCGCCGCCGAACCGCGCGCAACAACCGUACGGAAACGGAGACGUGCCGAAAUCGUUCCGUUCCGCGCCGUACGCGCGCGACGGCGGGACCGCGGGCGACAGCAAUCGAAUUCGGCGGCCGUCCGCGACGCGAUACCGUCAGGGACGGCCGCGGUCCGCCCGGGCGCUUUUGUCCCGCGCGUUUUCUGUUGAUUCGUAUCGCCACGCUUCACCCGUUCCCACCGUGUUCCCGCCAUACCGCGACGCGGGCAACGCGCAACCUCUGACGACCGUAUUUGCGCCGUUUUCUCUGUGGGCCAUUCGAUCCCGCCCGGGCGAUUCGGACCGCUUGAAUAUAAAAAAAAAAAAAAAAGUCGAUUGAACGGUUCAAACGAUUUGAUCGUUUUUAAUUUUUUCCCGCUAUAAUUGUCGUGCGAUUCGUCGCUACCGCUUCUUCUGCGCUCCCGUGCCGGUGAUUGGGGCUGGGCCUCCGUCGUUCUAAAUUUCCUCGCGACCCGAUCUCCCGCCUCCCCCACGCACGCCUACCGUAUCCUCGUAUCGCGACCGACCGCAUUGUUUUCAGUUUUCAAUUUACCGUUAACGUACAACCAGUGACAGCAUGUUAACAGAUUCGACAACGACGGGCCGGGGUUGAUUUGACGACGGUCCUGACUCGUCGAAACUCUCCUUGUGUAUUCACGCACGCGUACCCCCUUUCUUUCAAAAAAACAAAAAAAAAAUGGUCUAGCGAUGCCUAUGGCUACUGAUAUUUAUAUAUAGAUAUACAAGUUUAAAUGAAAGAAAUCAAAAAUAAAAAUAAAAAUGGUUUUGUUGGCCCCCUCCCCCUAAAAAAUUAAAGGCACCCUAGGCUGCAGAGUAUUCGGUCCUUUAAUCAGGCCCCGCCAACUAUUAUUACCUUAUUGCGGACGAAUUGGCUAAGUAUUUUAAUUUAGAAUUUCAUUAUUACUAUUUUAUUUCGUACGUGAUUUUUAUGGUGUUUAUCGACAUGAAUUUUUGUACUUUUAACAUUAAACGUGGCUAGCUGAACACGGCUGCGUCGGGUAUAAAAAUAAUACGAAGAUAACACGACGUUUAUACGAAACAAACAGAUAUAUUGUUUGCGUUGGUGUCAUUAAUUAGGUAUAUAAUUAUUUUGAAUAUAAAAAAUAUGUAAUAAUUAAAAAUUGCUAAUUUGAUUUUUUUCUAUACGCGAUACUUGGGACACUUGGGAACCAUAAAAAUAAUAACGAAAACAACAAUAAUUUUUCAUGUCCGUUUGUCGCGAAAUCGGUAUAUACAAUAUUUAAAAAUAAUUUAACGACUGUAGUAAAAAAAAAAAAAAAAAUGUUUAUUUCGCAUCGACAAAAAUGCGUAUUUCAAAUUGAAAUCUAAACGAUUUAAAACGUGUUUUUAAUUGGCCCUCUUCCGCACGUGUCGACUAAACGAUGAAAAAAUACGAGCAGUCAUAAAAAAAACCUUUUUUUUUUUUUUUUUUCCCAAGUCUGUUGCAGCCGUGUAAUUCGUUUAUUAACAGUUUUACAACAACGAAUGCAGCGCUAAACAGAAACGCGAACAGAACAACGCGGAAUUUAUUACAAAUUAUUAAUUAUGCGGCGUUCACUUUUGCCCUCGAAAAUGUAACAUCGGAUAUCAUUUGUAUUAUAUGAAUGACGAUUGGCCGGCGCACUGUGCAGGCAAUUCAACACCACGCAGGUAUAGUUUCGAAUUUGUGGCUAAUAACAAUGAAGCCGUGCUCGGAUUUCGUAGCAGAAUAAAAAUAGUUUAAAAAAUCAAAAACCGUUUAAGACGGCCGAAAAGAGCCGGAAUCGGAAUUUUUUAGUUACAGUAAGAUUAAAAUGCGAUUUUACAAUCGUGUACAUUGCAUAGAUUGUAGUUAUUUUCAUUAAAUGUAUUACUGUUUCGGAUAAAAUUGAUAACAACAAUGCUCUAGUGUGAUCGCGCAAAAAUCGACUCCUGCGAAAAUGAGCCUACACUAUUGUAAAAUUUCACUGUUGAAAUUUAACCGGGAGGGAGCUAACAUUUCACUAGUGAUUCAAUAUUUUUCUAGUGAGAUUAUCCACCCGGUCAUAAUUCCCCGUGGAAAUUAAACCUUUUUUCCCCCCCGGUUAAUUAUCACGGGAUCAAUAAUAAUACCCGUCAUAUAUUCGCUCCAAUAAUUAUUUCAUCCGCUAUAUUUUUUUGGCACGUUUCCGUAAUAUUUCCGGGAAUAUUUUCAUAAAAAGGCGAUACAUUUACGUGGCCAUAGUUUAUGUUUCAAAAAUUAUUCGAGACGCUUCUUGCCCUACCCUAGCUUAAAAGUGGAAUAUCACGUCAAUGGGAUGGCGGAAUUCAAAAACGUCCACACCGGAAUUCAGUUUACAUUGCAAAGUCUUACGGACAUUACCGAAUGAACAUUAAUAUCAUUAUUUUCGAAUCGCGUUUUCCGUUCUACAACCUUCCUACACGAUCCGUGCGGGUUUUCUUCAAUAAUCCAUAUCACCCGGUGAUUAGAACGAUAACCAUAAUAUGGAAAAACAAAAAUACAAAAUUACAUUAUUAAUGAAUAAAAUAAAACCGAGUGGCCAUAGGUCAGGACGUAUACGCGCUACAUUUAAUCCGUGUCGUUGUGGGUUAUUUGCAAAUUAUAUUACGCGUAAUAAAAUAUAAUUUCAUACUAUUUAAUAUGCAUAUACGUUUCGUAAUCGAACUGUGAAAACAAACCCUCUAAAUAAUACGAUUUUUCCUCCCCGUUUCAAUCAAACAGUACACAACUUUGUUUUGCAUUUGUGCGUAUUUAAAAAAAAAAGAACUGAAAAAAAUAAAUAAACAACGCUGUGGCAUAAUUCGUAGAUAAAUAAUAUCAUAACUUUUGUUGUAAGUUCUUUUUUUUUUCGUGAUGAGGGGGGAUGGAAUUUACAAUUUAUCGCAUACACGACGACAAUUUGAUUUGGAUGGACAGAAUAACUAAUACUGAGGUUUUCGAAUGGAUGUCUAAAGAAAAACCGGCACAGAAAAGGAUAGUAAAAAGGCGGAAUGAAAUGAUACGAAGUGUAAUUUGGCAUAAAGUAUUACUAAAACUAAUUAUAAAACGAAAAAGUGCAAGUGAAGUAUUUUAGAGGAAAGCCGAGACUAGCAUACAUCCAAAGGUUUAUCCUAGUUAGCUGCUCGAGGAUGCGAUUCACAUGUUCAAAUGAAAAGGAAAGUGGAUAAUAAAGAAGAGUGAAAAUUGGCUGCUAUCUUCGAAAAUCAUAGAGGGAGGAACUUAAACAUUAAUUAUCUUGUCAAUAGGCGGACGUAAAUCACAUAUGUCAACACCUAAAUUUAUUUAAACUAUUACUCAGUGAAUAUGUAAUUUCGAAUAUAGGUUCUUAUUUUGAUUUUAAAGGUUGACCCCAAAAACUCCCCCCUAUAAAAAAAAAAGGUUGUAAAAAAAAAAAACCAUAUUGUUUUAGAUGUUUAUAAAUCGAAAAACUUCUUUAGCUACUACUAAAAUUGAUGCAACAUAAAUUUUGAAGCACCCUGUAUAUUAUAAUAACAAUUCGAUCCAAUUUAAUCUUAUAUUCGUUGAUAUUUUAGUGAUUUUUAUUUCGUUGACAAAUUAAUCUUUGAGUUUAUCGUUCACUAUAAGUAUUUCCUUCACAGUAUAUAAUAUCUACUUUUGUGUUUUUUUUUUUUUUUUUUUUAUUCUAUUCACUCAAAAACUCUAGUAACAACGAUAAUAAAGACUCAAUACAAAAAUCGUUUCAGUGUUAACGUGCACAUUGAACAUAUUCGUAUGUUUGGCCGUACUAUGUAGUUUCGCUCAAUUCGUAUAAACGGUCGAUUCAUACGCUAUGUUUGGCUAAUUUUACGAAUCAGACAAUGCAUUUGGGCCGUUUCACCCGAGUAACCCAACUCGAGUUAAAAAGAAAAAUAAAGGUAAAAAAAAAACCUCCCGUUACGCGAAUCGGAAAAAUUUACCUCUGCAUGCGUGUAACACUACGCACGCGCGUACGAAUAUUCCGACGCGGUUUAUUUUUUCCCGCCGGACACUUAACCUGAUUUCGUAUGAUUGUUCAUAAACAUUCCGCCGCGGCACGUUAAAAUUUCCGCAACUUUAUAAUUUAUACUCUCCCGGUUUCCGUAUACACACGCGCAUGUGUACAUAAUGGCGAUAGUGAUAGUGAUUUAUCGUGGAAAUUUCAGCUCUCUCUCUCUCUCUCUCUCUCUCUCUCUCCGUCUCUCGCACACCGCGCGCACAGCCCCGCCGGUUAUUUUUCUUACGCGCGCGAGACGAGGCCGAAGACAAUCGAACGGACGUGGCCCUAUACCGCAGUGUUAUUAAUUCCGCUUUACUCGAUUAAUCAAGUUUCGGCGCAAAGUUAUGUACACCGCGCUACGGGCGCACCGGUUUGAUAACAAUAAUAAUAUAUUAUCAAUUUUCUAUAAUUCAAUCAUAAAUAUUAUCAUUAUUAUUAUUAUUAUUAUUAUUAUUAUCGUCGCGUAUGCUUUACGCGGGGGGUGGGGGGGGCGGGCGAUACGAUAAUUUACAACGCGAAAAUUACAAAGACGGCGACGUCGCCCGCGUCGAUCGUGUUCAAUUUCGGCAAAAGUUUAAUAAAUAAUUACGAUUUUGCGCUACAAUCUAAUUACGAACGCAAUCAGUUUCGCGUUCUAUCUAUGGAUAUCGGUAGACAGUGUGCGCACGGUCCGCGAAUCUUUUAUAUUUGUCGCCCAGACAAACGGCAAACGAUAAGUUAUCCGAGAUGAACGGUUGAACCGCUCGGGAUAAAUUUUCAUUUUAAAUGUUUAACCGAUGUGUCCGCGUCCGUUACUGCAAUUUCAUAAACGCGAAACUUUGUCAUUUGUCAAUGCGUAUGUCUGUCACUACUUCUUGCUCGAACUAUUGAACGGAUCGUAUGGGCCACGUUUCUUUUCCGUAUUUGAUCCCUAAAAGCCCUUUUUUUUUUUUUGGACAGUCUCCUGGCUGUUGCAACACUACUAGUUUUUCGGGACGGAAUAUCCGAUUGGUUUUGUGGAUUUAUGAGUGAUCUCGGUGAUGCGAAUAAAAAAAUAAAAAAAGUUAAAACAAACGAAAUUAAUACAUAAUGCGGUAUUCCUAACAGAGCCGUAAUAAUAAUAAUAAUAAUGAAAAUUUGUCUGUAAUAUUUGUUUUGACGCGGGCAACGCCUGAUGGGACAUUUAGUAGUUAAAUAAAUAAACUAUUAAAUUACAUAAACAAAGUUUCAUAAUGAGUUAUAAACGAAAUUAUCUUUUUCUGUUUUUUUUUUUUUAUCCAGAUGAAAAGUUAUCUCAAUCUAAUAAAUGAUAACGAGUCCGGCGAGUAUCCCUUCACUUUAUCCAGAUAUUUUAAAAUUUAUAUUUAUACAAUACUGAUUAUAAUACAAUGAAAUGCACGGAAAUAUACGUAGUUGGCAGAUUGUUAAACAAAAUGAUCUAUACGUGCAUAUAGAUAUCCGGUAUUUGUUACAUACGGUACAUGUUCUCGUCGUUUGUCUUGUAUUUGAAUCGUUUUUCGAGUGUUUUCUGUGUCAGAAUGGACUCGCCGUAUAGUAAUUGAAACCCGAUUGCAUAUCAUUUUUCAUAUUGCGUGUGUCCACUAGAACACGAAUGGUUAUAAUAAUUAACGUCGGAAAUAUUGGUCGAGUCCAGAAGUUAGGACCACCUUUGGUCUAGCGCAUUUUUCGGAAGACAGUGGAUAAAUAUUGGAUAUUCACUAAAACAACGUGCUGAGAUAAACGAGAUCUAAUGUAAUACGAUUGGCGGUUGAACCGUUAUCUAGGAUAAUGUAUAAUACUGUGAAAUCAAUAGUUUCAAUAAAUAAUAUGUAUCUAUAGAUAAAUCUUUCCGUGUGUAUUAUAAAAAAAAAAAACCAAACGGACAUACGCUACGCGGGAUACCGUUAUUGGCGAGAAGUUCGAAAGGUAGAGGUGAAAUGUACUGUACGUCUGUACCAAACGAUUAGUCAUCGCUAGCGAACAACGAUUCUGAACAGAGUUCGGGUAUACACGUUUUGAAAGGCCGUAAUAUUUACGAUUUGAAAAUAAUUAAUUUUGUACGUUUUCCGGUUUUUCCUAUAUUUUCUGCUAUUUAUUACGUAAAUCUUCGAGAAUAUCAAAAACGACACACUUAAAGUAUCGUAUCAAUCAAAUUUGUUUUCAGAAAAGUUUAUACAUCUGAAUAUCAGACGUAAAAUGUCUGGUAAAAAAAGUUGUUCGUAAAAAAAUUAACAUUAUUGUGAUACCUCGCUCCGCUCGGAAUCUGAAAAAUGUAGGACGAGUGUUUAAUAAAUGUCGAUGCAGUUAAAUGUGCACGGUGGUUCGUUUAAAAAUUAAUAAUUAUUAUUACGGUACAACGUUCGCGCGGAUUUCGUUAAAUCCUUGCGUUUGUACCAUAACAUAUCCGGUACACUUUUAACACUCGGUUUUAUGAUUAGUAUUAUGCGAUUCCUGUUUUUCUUUUUUUUUUUUUUUUUUUUUUUCCCCGGGAAUGAAUCACUAUAGUCAUUCGUCUUUACCAACAGAUAACUUUGACAAGUUAUAUCCGUUGUCUUUAUCGGUCAGAUAAAUUGAAAAUUAUCUUUACACGAAACACCGUGACACGGAUGACCGUUCGCAAACACGUAUAUUUAAAAAAACGACCAACAUAUGUCACACCAUUGCGAGCUACAGGCCUACGGCUAUAACAUAACACGGUUAUAUUCGAUUCAUGCACAGGUAUAUUUAUAUAUAUUUUUUAUUAUCGUUUGUGUACAUUAAAACGCUCCGAGUAUUUUUAUAGUCAUACAUGAAAAUAUAAUACGUUAUUUUAUUAUUAUAAAUAUACAAUAUACUUUUUAUUAUUAUAUUAUAUUAUAUUAUGUCACAUAAAAUGUUUGUUAUACGCAUUAAAAUGACGGCGGAAAAACUAAAUCGUUUUACUAUUUCUUUUUUUUUUUCUCUCUUUUCUUUUCGAAAAUGUCAUAAUAAGUGACUGAUGCAAUGAUGCAGUAUUGAUUUUACGUGUAGCGACUCCGGUACAGAUAUUUGCGUUAGGGGCCGAACGAUUCGACGGCCACGUAACGAGAAGAGAUGAUGACGAUACAAUUAGAAUUAGGCUAUAAAACCGAAACCUUAGGGAUAAAGACUCACAGAGAAACUCGGGGAAAAUGGAUUGACGUGGAAGAAGAUGAUUUGGAUAGCCCCGUGGUUUAAAAAAUGUAUAGAGGCAGUUCGAGAUGGAGUCAAGCGACCAAAUGUUGUGAUUGGGGCAAAAACCCAUAGGGUCCAUACCAUUAUCAUAGGAAAAAAAAUGUAAUAUAUUAUGUAUACACAAUAUAUUUUUUUUUUCUUUAAAGAAGGACGCAAUUUAGUCUGUUUUUGGUAUCCUCGGGGAUAACGCUAUUGGAAUACGAUUUAUUUUUACGACCGGUUUGGUUCUUGGAAAAAUAUAAUACCGUAAUAUAGGUAUUUCGGUUUGAUAAUUAUUUUUUUUUUCUAUUGAGAUUUGUAAGCAAUAUCUCUUAGUUACUCCGGUUGUUUGCAGAAGUGGAAUACGUAUACACGACGUUGUAUUCACGAACCGGCAAUUCCCCCGUAGGAAUUUCGAAGUGAAUUUGAUUUCUGUAUUAUUUAAUAAUUAUGUAAUCGUUUAGCAUUGAGUUUUAACACAAAUUUCAAUUCGUUACGCGAGCGUCAAUUUUAGAUGUUUGUAAAACACCGGCGUAUCCCAUUAAUCGCGGAUUCGAAUGGAGAAUAUUUUCCCGAAAAACCGUAACACGCCCACACGGUAUCUCCGGUACGAUAACACGCAGUGUGUUACGCGUAUAUCGAAUAAUGUCUAGAAAGACGGGCGAUGGUGUUGUUUAGCGGUAAAAACUCGCGGAUAACGUCGGGAUAAAGCUCGAAUUUCAUUUGUAAAACCCACCGAGAAAAUGCCCGGUGAAAUGAUCACGCCGUGUACAUACGUGUAUGUGAAUGCGCAAAUAAAACGUCGAAACCAAACGGCGUUUUAAUGCGCUUGCCGUAUAGAGCCGUCGACGGCGACGCGACGUCGGCCGGCUACGGGGAAAUUGUUUUUCUUUUCGGGUUUCGUUUUUUUUUUUUUUUUUUUCUUUCCGCGUUCUUUUCUUUUCGUACGCGCCCCGCGGGAAAAACGGUCGAUGUAUUAUUUAUUCGGCCGACGAAAAUGUGCGGUCUUUGUCGAUUUAAAUUCGGGUCGCGCGGCGGAGGCGUUAAGACAAACGCGUCAUUAAUCAUCGAUUUUUUUUUUUUUUUUUAUUUUUUUCUUUUAUUAUAUUUUACGUAUACAUUUUUUUCCCGCCGCAAGGGUCGGCGACCGUGAGAUAGGAAACGGGCACAGAAAAAAAAAAAAAAAAAAAAAACUACAGUUUCGACGCGUUCGUUCGGGACAAGUUUAUAUAUAUAUACGUAUAAUAAAAGGGCCGCGGCAGUCGUUUCGUCACGUUUUCGACGCGCGGAGAGGUUUUCGCUCGUCGCCCGCCGUCCACCCGCCACCCGACACCGUGCGACAACCGCCCGGCGCAGCCCGAAAACCUAUACGCGUACGCGCGCGCGCGCACGAGUGUGUCGCCGUCGCGCUCGCGCGCGCGGAGGAUAAUGUCGGCCGGAAAUGAAGGUGUCGAGAGUGGCGGGCGCGAAGAAUUACGUGCGUUGUUAAGCCCCGAGACGUCCGCGCGCGGCAGUGGCAAUAUAUACGCGGUCCCCUCCCUCCACCCACCCCAACCGUCCCCUAUCGUCGUCCGUCCGCCGUCGGCCGUCUCUUUCGCCACUGACUGAUUGAUGGACGCCGCGGCAGUGGCGCUCGUCCGGGCCGCGGAUGACGGGCCGCGGCGGCGGCGGGACGGUAUUGAAUCACGCCACUUAGCUUAAUUAUAUCACGCGGGCGUGAACGCGCCGUAACGUAAAAGGCCGCGCGGCGGAUUUCGCGGGCGAGCGGGCGGCGCGGGCGGAGAGGGUUGUGAAUUCCGUCUUUUUCGGUUACACCCGAGACGGCGAGGGCGACGGGUUGAAAAAAAAAUACGCGUAAAUAAAUAAAAAAAAAAAAACUAUAGCCGCGAGAAACCCCGACGACAAUGUAAGAAACGCGAUUUUUCUUCGUAACACGUAAAACGUGUGCGCACCCCGCACAGCAUUCGGGAAACAAAAUAUUAUUUCGUAAAUAUUUCGAAGCGGUUAAACGACAAAUAUUUUACUAAUAAUAUUUUAUAAAUAUUUCGUUGUCCGUAUGAUUCGAACGAACGUUUGCUAAAUACUUGUACAGUAUUUCCACGAAAACAUAAAAAUUGCGCGGCUCAGAAAUACGAGACUGGAACGUUUGGCGAACGUUAUGAAACUAUGAAAUUUUUCCGGAAAAAAAAAAAAAAUAAUAAAAAUAUCUUGUUCAUACUACGGACGUGUUUUUUCGUUGCGUUUAGACGACGCGAGGUCGCGGCGGGGCGUGGUUUUUUUUCGGUUUUUUUUAUUAUUAUUAUUAUUUUUUUUUUCUCGUUUCGAUAGAAUCGUACUGCGUAGCGAUAUGACCGUCGAGCGGACCCGCCGAAUAUUACGCGCGGAGGGGCGCGACGGGGAGGCGGGAUAGUAUUAUUAUAUUUAAUGUCCGGCCGACGGUUAUUCCCCAAACGCCGUGCACGUACGCGGCGCGUCCGCGGCGUGCCCGUCGGGAACGGCGCCCGGGGACGGUGGCCCGUGGCCCGACGGCGACGGCGAGACCGGCAGCAUUGUUGUACGACGACGCGGACACGGCCGGGAGCGCAUCGCCGUUCCCGGGUCCGUUCGGGCGCCCGGUCGGUUCGAAUUUACGCGCCGAUUCGUUUUCGCGCGUUCGCGACCGCGUCGUGGGCCGCCGGCGGAAUCCGUUCGGCGCUCGGCCCUCGGUUCGUCGUGCCGACCGUCACGCCGGGCGCGACGAACGACCGUCGGGGGUACGCGACGAGUGUGUUCCGCCGGAACCGAACGCGACGUCCGCCGGUGUCCCCGGACGAGAACGACGAGCGACAAUGCACUGCGCGUCCGUCCGCGCGAUUGAAACCGUCCGGCGGCGCCCGCGGGCGCCGGAACGGGUGCCGGAACGUUGACACUCGCCCGGGGACAACGCGACGUGCGACGUACGGCGUAGGAAUCUAGGUCACCCGCGCCUGUCGCGUGCGCCGAAAUCGUCACUCGCCGGGCGCGUCUCUCCGACGGAUCGCGGCCGUCUCCCUUCCGUACGACUCGGCGGCGCCGGCGGCCGGUCGGCCGAGAAGAGAAAAAAAAAAAAAAAAAAAAAUUGAAUAAUCCACUCGAACGCGCCGUGAUAUAUACUGCAGGUGCCUCCGUAUAGCCCCGUGCGUGCGCGGAUCGUGCGCGAGUGGAAGUUCCGCGUCCGCUCGUCGUGUACCGCGCCGCGCGGACGCACUCGGGGGCAGUAAUGUAAAAUAAUAUUCCGACCCCUCCGUCGUACUCCCUCUCACCUUUUCAUCCGGGCCGAGCCUGCCUCUCUUCGCCAACCACCCCCGGCGAACUAUCCGGACUCGUACGGCGGUGCCGGCGACGUCCACCGCGGCGCUCGCGUAUCGUCUUUCGCAUGCUGCAGCAUGUAAAUUAAACUGACGUGAAAGUCAGUGUGGCCGUGAUUCGGAACACGAUACAAUGCAAUCGUUGUAGCUUUUUUCAAUGUGAUUGUAUAUUAUGACCGAUUGCCCGCCUUUUAUGAUAAAUAAUAAAAAAAAAAAAAAAUCAAGAACCGCUAAACGUUUUUUUUUUCCUUUUCACAAUAGCCAUUUCGUAAAGUCAUUUGUUUAAAGUACGUAAGAAAAAAAAAACGAUUUUGAAAUCGGGCGAAUUUCGAACGAAAUUAACGUUACACAAUAAUUUUACAAUAUUACGCUGUAUUUUUGAACAUAAAAAUUUCCGAAAUAGUUUUUUUUUAUCUAAACUUUCAAUAAACUCAACAAAAUGGCCAUAUUCGAAUUUUUAGAAAAACAAAAAACAACUUUUUGCAGUUCUUGACUUUUUUUUUAUUUUUAAUUUUAGGUCAUUAUAAAACGGAAACUAAUAGUCGUAUUAUAUUACUUCGGAAAAAAAAAAAAACUGCACUACAACGUCUACAUUUUAUUUCGAAUUGCAGCAAACCGACUCUCGAAUUAAUUUAAAUACUGUAUAGUUAUGAUAUGAUAGUACUGUAAACUAAACGAUUAAAAUAUAAUUUACCAAUAUUAUCCACGUUCUAAAGAGAGUUUGCGGGUUUGAACGCCCUAAAACCUAAAGGAAAAAACCGCUCUCGUAAAAUAUCACGAACACUCCGAACGCAUUUUCGGCCGCUGAUGGCCGUUAUAGGUGAAAAGUCGGGAAAAUAGAAAACGUUACGUAGAUUUGUUUUAUUUACAUGUCUGUACUCGUCGAUAAACCGUUGCCGACAAAAUGCGAUUAUAAGCAAAGUUCGGUUAAACGUGCUUUUUGAAGUGUCUUGAUUUUCACGGGUAUUUGUCGAAAUUUGAGCUUGAAACGUACAUAAGAAGAAAAAAACAACGGCCUAACGCUCGAUUUCGGUUCGAUUUUUUAAAUCCUACGAUGAACCUCUUGUACAAUUUGCCGAGCGUUUUUGCGCGGCGAAAACAAUUUAAUAAUUAUAAAACAAUCGUCCGAAUAUACACCCGAGCAGUUUUUGACUCAGGUUACUGUUGGUUUUCGUGAACUCGUGGAAUAAAUAAUUUAUAUAUAUAUAUAUACACACUUAACAAUGUCGGAAAUGUUGGAAUAGUAAUGUCUCGGACACAGUUUUAGUGUAUUUUCGAUUUCGUUUCGUUUCAGAAUUUUCCGACGUGUUUUCUUGUUGGAGGAUCAUAUUUAAUAUGUAGCAGUAUCUCGUGAUUUUCGGUCCGUCACACCGAGAAUCUUAAAACAUAACCUAUCGAAAAAUACAAAAAAAAAAAAAAAAAAAAAAAAACACAAUAAGUCACUGCUCCGAAAAAUGUUUACCGAGAACAAAACAAACACACCGUUGUUUAACUAAAUAAUUUGUUGAUGAUUUCGGAACCCGGGCGCUUGCAGGAAGGCAGCUGAUCAUCUUGCAACUAUACGUUGCAUUUCGCGUGUGUUUAUCCGCGAAGUACCUACUCCAAAAGUUUCGCAUAUCCGUUUUGAAUCUCCCGGUAUUUCGGAAAGUUUAUUAAAUCAUUAGAAACUAUUCACAAGUCUCACGGACCGUGUGGGAAUUUUCAUUAUUUUUUUUUUUUUUUUUUUUUUGGUUAUACGGCAAAUACGACUGACCAUCCCAAAACAUACCAAACAUACCCGUCGCCACCGCAGCCAGAUCACGGGUCAUUUUCAUCCCACAUAAAAUCAUCUCUACCGGAUCUUCCCGUCUCGUCCGUAAACGGCCUGACAAUCUCAGUCUUUCUUCACGAUUUCUCCCACUAAGUCUGAACCGCUUUACAAUAAUAGUAACAUAGUUUUGCGUUUGUUCUAUUCCGCCGCUCUCCCCGUUAUUGACACGGGACAAUCGUAUUCCUUUUUAAAUAUUUCUUUCGAAAACCCUACACGCGUAACCCUUCUUAACCCUUCGUCAGUGUUCUUGAAUUCCACGGGAUUGCGAUCCAUAACACAUUAUCACUGAUCAUAUUUGUAUUACGCGUAAAGUGAAACUGCAACAUUACAUUUUAAACCUGGACCUAAAAUGAGUUAUCCUGAGUUAUAACUUAUUCUGAACGUCAUUCGAAUCCUUUUGUUUAUCUCAGUUUGCGUACCAUUCGUUCGUGUGAUCAUCGUGCCCAGUGGAUAUUUGAAUCGUGUAAUAGUAUGACUUUCUUGAAUCCAUAGGAUCCAGUUGUUUCCAGUACAGUUAUAUCCCAUGACACGACCUAUCAGGGGCGUAUUUAAGGAGGGACACAUGGGGCAAUAUUUUUACUCAUCGUGGAUUUUUAUCAAAGCACUAACCGGCUUAAAAUACUGUUUGUAACCAUUCGCAACUGCACGCACAUCCGAAAGGUCGUUUUCUUCACAAUUGAAAUCUACUUAAGGUCAAAUAUGGGAGAAAAUUUAUUGAACGGAAUGAGCGUUGCUCAAUUUACGUUCAGAAAUAAUUAUAAAACCCGAAGAAAUAGUUGAUAUAAAAUAUGCUAAUAAAUAAUCACCCCAGACGCCUUCUGCAGUUAAUGUAACUACACAAAUGUCAUAAAAAAAUAUGCUUUAUUAAUUAUUUUGCGAACUGAAUUAUGUUAUGUUUCUUUCAAACGCAUAUAUUUUGGUUAUUUGGUUAUAAUUUGUAAUGUUAUUUUGAGAUGGAAUAUAUGAGUUUGGUGUAAGUCAUAUAAGCUACAAUUAUGUAUAAAUUGAAUUUUUUGUUUUGUGCCUCCUCCUCCAUUAUACAUUUCUAAAUACGCGACUGCUACCUUUAUAUAUAUAUAUAUAAAUAAAAAAUACUUGACACCGUCAUGAGUUAAAAGGUACUCAUUGUAUGUUUUAAGAUCUGUACAAAUUUAUCGUAUACAAUUGUUUUUCAAUUGUUUUGUGUAUGUACACACACUACUCGCGUUGAUUCGUUUACAAUAAUUAAAAUGCUAUUGUCGAUUUUGUGCAAACGUUUUACAGUGUUUUUUUUGUUUUUUGUUUCCCUAUGCAUUUUAAGUGCCAUUUUUAGUAAUUUACAAUUGCAUUGAUUUGUCAUCAGUCGAAUCAACUACGUCUUCAAUUUAAUAAACAGAGAACGUAUUUUAACACAAUAGGUAUUUAUUUUUUUUUUUUUAAUCAUUUCCCAAUUGAUUAUUGUGUAACAUUUUUGGCAAUCGGGUACCAUAAAUUCUACCGAAUAAUUUACGCGAUAAAUUAAUGAAAACUUAAAAAAAAAAAAAAAAAUGAUAUUUUUACUUAAUUCGUAUUUAUUAUGCGUAGUAGAACAUAAUAAUAUAUAAUGCGUAGGUACUUAAAAUACGAUAAUUAAAAUUCAAAAAAAUAAAAUAUUAUGUUUUUGAAAGUAUACUUACAUUAAUAAUUUUUAACAACGGUUUCUCUACCAACAAUGCGAUAUUUUUAAAAGUCUUUAUCGCUGAAACUUUCUUAAAACUUAUAUACUCUUAUAAAUACUUAAACACUCGCGUUCGGAGUCUGAUUGUUUAUUAUUUUUUUUUUUUUUAAGUAACUAAGAAUCAUGAAAUAAUUUUCUAACGGGUAAACAAUUUUUUUUCUGUACAAAACAUGCAAAUAAACGGCAUACUUAAUUAUAAUCUCUUUUUUUUUUUAAUGAAAGAAUAUAUAGUUAUAAAUUUAUUUUGUCAAACUAAAAGUAAAAAAAAGAAAGAAAAGUUCAUUGUAUAACUUGUACGUAAAAAAAUCAACGUAUAGCAAACAGUUUCCCUAACCUGACCUAAUUAUUUUUGAAAAAAUUAAAAACACGAUAUACCUGAGGUUUAAUUUUCAACUAUUUUGUCUGGAUCGAACACAUUUUUUUCUCAUAUAUCGAAUUACAGUAUGUGAAAUUUCGCGAAUUUUACGAUUACAGAAAAAUUUGAAUCUCUAAACGGGUAUGGUAAAAUACUACACGUACAAAUUGUUUUUAUUGUUAACUACGACGUGUAAAGAAUCUGGAGUUAAAUGAUCAAGUAUUUCCGUUCGGCCGAACUAAUUUUAUUCGCAUGAAACCAAACACCUAUAAAUAAAUUAAAAAUUGCCAAAAUGUAUUGAACAAUUUCCUACGUCUAGCGAAAUGUCGGGUCUCUACGAUUAUUAUCGGUUGAUUUAAAAUGGUUGAAAAAAAAGCUUUAAAUAACGAAAAUGUUAUUGACGUUAAUUUUGCAGGUUUCUCCUAAUUUAUUAUAUAAAGAUUACUAGAACGAAAAACAAAAAAAAAAACAAAUACCUAUUAGGUUUUUAUUGCUUUUAUAAAAGACCCUACACUUGAAAAUCGGAACAAUAUUUCUGGUAGAAAAGUUGUUAGACAGAAAUAAAAGACACACGCACGCACCAUUGUAAAACCAAUACGUUACUCGCUGCGCUCAGCAUUCGAAAACGAAAAGCCGAACCGUUUUUUGGUGGUCCGAAAUGCCGCCAUCAACAGUAAAUAAAAGUCCACAGAGUUACGACAGUAUAAUUCGGUUUAUUUACACGAAAUUUAUAUUUCUAAAUCCAUACAGUUUUGAUAUUUUAAACAGUCACGCAAUGCACUAUAACGCUCGGUUACUGUUACUCCGUACACCCGCUUAAGCGUCGUCGGGUCAUUUUAUUUUAUUUUUAUUUUUUCGCACAUUAGACUUUUUUUAGGGCGAAAAGACCGAAUUCGCUUUUACAGCGAUGCUUUUGGACAAAAACGAAAAAAAAAAAAAUAUAAUUCGACUAUAGGUCGACUGCUUCUAACGGGAAAACCGAAUAGCUAUUGCCCGUCCGUAUUACAAUAACGGUAUUGGUACGUAAACCCGCACCGGAAAUAAAUUUUUUAAUAGUUUGUUAAUAUUUCGCGGUGAAUGCACGGUGAAAUAAAAACGAAUUUGAUACGGUAUUAUGAUAAAUGGACGCGUUGUUGACAGGUAUCGUUGUCUAUUGUCCGCUACGAACAAUAUUCGCGAGCGCACGCGCACGCGCAAAUACACACACACAUAUAUAUAUAUAUAUAGGUAUACGUAUAGGUAUAUGGGUGGGGUGGGCGCGUAUUGUUUACGAUUUUUAACAUUGAACGCGUGCAAAUAUGAAAACCCCAUUGAUGAAAAUUCGACUAUUUUACAGCUUUAAUAAUAAUGAUAAUAUUAUAUUUUACAGAAACGCCGCCGCAACUUUGAUAUAAAUUACAUCACGCCGAAACCUAUCGUAUAAAAUAUAAUAUAGGAAAACAAUAGCUCCGCGCCAGAUGAAUUAUUUUAGCGUACACGUAUAGGAAGAGAUGUUCUCUCUCGUUUUCUCUCUCUCUCUCUCUCUCUCUCUCACUCUGUCUCUCUAAAAUGUAAUAUUACAUUUUUGUAAUAUCUAAUAUAGCGCAAUAUAUAUCCGCCUUUAUAAUAUCAUAUUUUUUUCGAUUAUAGCUAAUCGCAGUAUCCUAUAUAUACUAUAUAUUUCAAAACUACGUCUAAUAUUAUUUGUCCGGCAAGAUGAUAACGGUGUAUUUCAAAAAAAAAAAAAAACCCCCAUAAAUAUCAGAGCUUCGUUACUGGAGUCAAAAUUUUCCUCGAAACGACUUGUUAUACCGUCACAAACCUAAACUCACCGUAGUGCACCUUCAAUUCAAAACCCGGCAUAUCGUGUGAAAACAUGAAACCCGAGCAUAAAAAUGGUCGGGUUUAAAAUUUUAAAUCGCCGAAAAGCAUAUUCUCUAUACUUUGCAACAUGCGUACCGACAAAUUCACCUCCCUAACUUUGUUUGGGAGAUCUUUAGUGGUGUACCCUGCCGAAAAAUUACGCUCUUCUCUGAUAAAUUUUUAUCUUUUCCUUUCCCAUCACAAUUAUUUGGAGUUCAAUUCAUAUUUUAAUAAAACUAAAAUUGUAUCACUUCAAUCCUUCGGAUUAUGAAAAAAAACAUCUAAAUCCCGAGCUUUUUUAGUCUAGAGAGAGCCGCUAAAAGUAUCAGAAUUCUAAAUAUAAUAAGAAACGGACUCAAUACACUGAAUUAUUUUGCACUUUCGGGAAAAAUUCGACAAAAAAAUCAUACCCGACCUAAAUAUUCACACGAAUCGUGUGACGUUAUUUUAUAGACUUUUUAUACAUUAUUAUUAUUUGUAUUUUAAUAAUUAAUUGUCCGUAGGUUAAAAUAUUAUUCCAAUAUGUUUAACACAAUAUACCGUACUCAUAGGCGUGCGCAGGAUUUUUUUCGCAGGGUGUGAUGCCGUACAGGAAAUUGUAACUUAUUCCAUAAUAGGGUCAUAUACCCUAUCUGUAUUUAUAUAUAUAUAUAUAUAUAGGAUAGGGCCUAUCCUAAAAAAAUAUGUUGAAUACAAAGUAUAAAAUCGUAUUUUUUAAUAUCUAGGUACAUUUCUAUAUACCUCAACGUAUAAAUACCCAUACAAAAAUGAUCCGAUAUCUUUAUGUAGUAAAUUAUUUCAUUACUGGAAAUUUAAAAAUUAUAUUAUAAACAUUAAUCAAACCUAUAACGGACCCGUGGCAAUGAUAACUAAUAUCUCAGCUAUAGUUGUUGUCGAUUAGUUAGAUUUAUUGACGAUCUAAUGAUAGUUUCCCAUACCUCGUGUGUUAGCGUUAAAUUAAAUGAAGCCUAGUAACUAUCGUCUGGCACCCCUAGUAUUCGGUUUUUUUUUUAUUUGACCAUAUGACCGAGUGUUUUUGAAUCGGUUGCGAUAAUAUAAUUAUUCCAAUUUUAAAAUCUCUCCAUACACAAAUCUCUGCUUAUACACCGCAUACAUCGUAUAUUAAUAUUAAUAACGAUAUAUAAGUUUGUAAUAUGACAUUAUUUGAUUUUGAACGGACCAUAUUGGCUCGCGGAAACAAGGUUUAAUUAUACGACGAUUUCAUGUUUAUUUUCAAAACCAUUAUUAUCACGUCUACCGCCCUUUUCUACUAGAACUCUCGUUUCGUCGUAAUAUUAUAUUGUUAUAUGAAUAUAAUUAGCGUAUAUUAGCUCGUACUGGAAGUAAGGAGCUAAUACAUUGUGCAUAGUAAUUAUUAUAAACUUGGCAUUGAUUUAAAAAACUAAUUGAAAUUACCCGUAAUUAUGUGUAACAAUAUUAAUAAGUAAUCGUAUGAACAAAGACCAACAAAAAAAAAAAACCAAGUAGGUUAUCGGAGUUUCUGCAUCGGAGCGUGACUCGUGUUCCUGCAACAGACGUGCCGCGCAAAUCCUCUUAUAUUCCAUAUUAAGACGAAGACUUCGGCGAACUUUGUUAUAUUUCGACAAUACCCAUAAAGUUGUUUCAUAAUCUGAAACUACGUAACACAAGUGAACAGUUUUAAUAAUUAUUUUGCCGUUGACACCACGUUCACUCGUAUACAGAAUUUACUAUGGGUAAUUACUGUGGUUUCCGAUCUUUUUAAGAUAAUUACCCAUAAAUCUGGUCGAAAAUACCCUCCAAAAAGUUUAGUUUGAAAACACAAAAAAAAUAAAUACUGUUUUUAAUCCGCAAUACCGUUCGAUAGUUAGCGGGCUGGGUACAGACAAGUACACUAAUUGAAAAACAGAGAACGACUGUCUGGCAAUUGCGAACCAUUGAAUAUUGAUAUCGUUUUUUUUAACUAAUGUAGCCACGCAAUAUCUGACAUCUUACGUGAUUGUCUAUUCGAAAGGAAUUCCCGGCGACUUUUAGUCAGUAGUUUUCACACAGAGUGUCGAUGGACGAAUGUUGUUAUAAUUGUUAUGGUUUAUGAACCUAAACUAACAUUAAAUCUUGAUCAUUAAAAAAAUUACAUCAAAACUCUAAAAAACAACGUACAAAUUAAAUAAUAUUUGCCAUAAUGAAAUACACUUAUAAUUUUUGGAUUGUAGAAAGAUUUCUAAAAAGUUUUAUAAUAAAUCGACCUUUAAACUUAAUACAGCCACACUAUUUAUUGUAUACGGUAAAUCAUCAGAUAAAAACUCCAGAACCCGUAACAGUUUAGUUUAAUGCUGUGAUCUGUGGCUGUUCGCACGUGGCUACAACACACACAUAUUGUGUUUGAGAAUCUUUCAACGUCGAGUUUUUUUACGAAGCGCAAAACCUCAGACAAACAUUCAAUUAGCCCUAUACUCAUUCGCUAGUGUUGCAUACACCUACCUACCACAUUAUUGUGUAUUAAAUGUGUUUUUUAUAUAUUAUAAUAAACUGAUAAAGUUAGAUUUAAAAUCAACAAGAAUUAGGAUUAUUAGUUAUUGUGAUAAUGGCCAAGGAGACAUUAUAUUCGUUCCCCCUUGCUGUGAACCCCAUGAACCGUUAUUGCAAACAAAUCGAGAAAAAACAAAUUAAGUUACGACGAACCAUUAUUUGAACGAAAAAACUUAGAAAAAAAACUAUUGGCAACGUUUUAAAGAACGAUACGUUCAAAAAAAUAUAAAAACAAAAUAAAGCUAUAGUGACGGAACAUAAUUGAGAUACUAACAUAAUUUACUACGAUUUGAUUAAAUACGCGUGUCGUUGUGUAUGCUUGGAAACGACAAUAAACAAAAGGUUUAAUAUUGUCAAUACUGGCCAACGCUCGGUUUCACGAUAUUUAUUAUCAUUGAAAUAAAUUACCCGUUGCAGACAGAAAAACAAAUAAAUAAGAAGUUAGGAUAUAUAAAGUUAUUUAAUUUUUGACUAUAAGCUUUACGAUAUACCACUGCUAACGAAAUAUGACACUGAGUGAAGUUAGUUAUAAACGAAGUAAAAAUACAGUAAUAUUUACGAUUUUCGUCGAAAUUUGUAAAAAAGAAAAACUACUAAAUUACGUCCAGAUCUUUUUUUUUUCUUUUUUUUUUUUCGAUCACUGAGUACACAUUUUAUUGAACUUUGUGUUCAAUUUUCGGUCAAUUAUUGUUGGCCAAACAAUUUCAUCGACAUAGUACUUAACAAAGGAAAGUUAAAAAAAAAAUUUAAAAAAAAUUGAAAAUAUAAAAGACUUAUAGCUAAUUUAAAAAUGUAACCACAUUUAGAAAGGGCCACUAUUGGUUUUCUCACAAAGUUUUAAGUCUCUACGAAAAUUUCCAAUUGAAUUACAACAAAAAAAAAAUAUAUAAAAUUUAACAUAAUGACAUAAUGUAAAACUAUUAUUUCCGUAAACUUUCUCGUUUUUUCUAUGUUUUUCCCGGUAUUGCCGGAUUAUUAUUAAAACAGCGUUAAAAAAAAAAAAUUAUUUAUAAACUAUGUCUGAAAUUCUACAAAAAAAGGUCUCUUGGAAUUCAUCGUUUGAAGCAAGUUUUCUAGUAGAAAAGUUAUUUACAGGCAGGAAAACAACAUACAUUAUAUAGUAAAACUAGUGCAAAACUCGAAAUGCUCAGAAUCCAAUAGUGAUACAAAAAUCGUUUUGAAUGUUAGAUUAGAUUUUUGUAUUUUUAUUUUUUGAUUAGAGGUAGUAUAAUAUAUUGACUUAUAACCCGAAACGAAUGUUUCUGUAAUUAAUAUUUUACAACUCUGCAAUAAUAAUUUACAGCUUUUAUAAAUUUCCACGUUACAGCCAAAUUUUCUACGAAAUACCUAUUUUUUAAACAAACAAUUUAUGCAAACACUUUUCUCAAUUAUAUACCAUUUAAUGUUAAAUUGUCCUCAAUUUCGUCACUUUUAAUUUUAACUACCGAUUUUGAAUUUUCAAAUAGCAAGCAUUUAAAAUAAUGUAACAAUAUCUCGUAAAUAGAUGGAGUUUAAAUACAAUUUGGUGUUGAAAUUUUGAAUUUCCAUCGGCCCGGUGACGAGAUAUUCCACAUUUGUCGAAGUAUUAAAAAUGUCAACGCUAACACGUAUUUCAACUGAAACUUAAUCGUGGAAUUUUCAACAUAGACGGCUAUUCGAAAAUCAAACGCGGGCAACGGUUUCGUCCACUGAAAAUAAGGACGGCCAAAAAUAACGGAAACGUAACAUUGCAGAGCCGUUUGUUUUUUUCAAACUGUCCAUUAAAAAAAAUCGUGAAAAAAAGUCGACGCUUUCCGAGGUAUCGAGCGUCCUGUUGUCUAAGAUUUCCGAUAAUAUUAGGUAUGUUCGGUUCAAGUGCCGCAUUCGCAAAGCGAAUAUCACGCGCGUCCGAUAAUAUCGCGUGACGUCCGAAAACCGGGGCCGUUUUAACUUUUUACGAAAUAUUAUUCCCGCGGAGUUUGCCGUACGAAUUUUCCAUCCGCCCACAGCUCCCGGGUAAAAGUGCAGACCGGUCCGCGCGUUACGCGCGGCCGUAAUUCAAUCCGAACCGUAAUGCAAUAAGUUUAUAUGGUUUUUCGUUGUCGGCAAUUAAAAAAAAAAAAAAAAAAAAAAAAAAAAAAAAAGUAAAAAAACCGCCGCCGAGUCCGUAAUUUAUUUUUUACUAUCGCAGGUACUGCGUUAUAGCGUACGAGUAUCAAGGAUAACGUUAUAUUAUACCGUGUACAUAUCGUACAAACCAUAUGCGACUAGGUACCGCGCGAUCCUUUUGUAAUAAUGUAUCGUGACAAACGGUGGUUUUUUUUUUUUUUUUUAUUCGAAAAAACCACACGGUUUGCUGUAUCAUUAUCUAUAUUAUUGGCGGGUAUUAUUUUUAUUUUUGAAAAACAAAUUUACGAAAUCGCGUAUAAAUAUUAUAAUACGUGUAAAACACACAGUCGUAUCGUCGUCCCUUUAAUGAAAUAUAGGCGGAAAACGUAUCCUAACAAAUUUAUUAGCGUACCGUCCUCCGAAAACCGUUUAGCCGCCCGCGCAGCGUGUUUACGCGAUACGACAAAAAAAAAUUAAACGCAGACGAGGACUUAACUUGCGGAUCGUGACCGAUGAUAACUUGCAGUCGGAGCGGUCAUCAGUUCCCUUUCAAUAUUUCUAUUUUGUGUAGAUUCUAUUCACCUCGAUUUUUCUGCUAUUAGGUUUUUGUCGACUUGCCUAAAUCAAUUCAUUUUCGUUCGUCUUUAUAGUGCGAUUCCAAUCUUUUUAGUUUGAUGUUAAGUUUUUAAGCUCAAUUUUAGGCGUUUAAGAAUGCUCCUUAUAGUCUAGGGCGAAAUCAUAAUAUAAAUACAAACGUAAAACUUAAACACUACGAGAGUACACCUUUCUUGCAGUCUUGUCAAAAUUACUAAGAUUUGAGAUUUAGGUAAAAAUUAUUAGCUGCAGGUGUAAGCAGUAAACGUACUGUUUGUUUUCAAAACUAUACUCCGACAGCGUGUCAGAACUAGUUAAUUUUACAUUAAAAAAAAAAAAAAAAAAUUAGGUUACAUAUAGUGUCCCCCUAUAGAUCUUAAAUCCAUAUAUUUAUGGAAUGCAAAAUUAUUUGUCUCCUAGUUUCUUAAAAUACCAAAAAAUUAAAUCAAAAAAGUAUUUAUUAGUAAAUAUACAUAGAUAACAAAAAUAGGUGACUGAAAAUUGUAAACCUGGGGAUAAAUCCCUGCAUCUCCUCCUAUUUCCGGCCUUGCACACCGAUUCAAUUUCCUUGAUGGCUUACAGUAUUGUUAUUAUUAUUAUUUUAUAAAAUCAUUUUAAAUUCUAAGCGACGACGCGUGGAAAGUAUUGGUUUUAGUAUGAUGCGUUUUUUCAUUUUAAUUUUUUGUGUCUGUAAACAACUUUUCCACCGGAAAUCUUGUUCAAACAAAAACUUCAUAGGAACUUUCAUGUAGCGUUUUUGAAUCAGAUGGUGUAGCUUUAGAUAAUUUUUUUUUUAAAUCUUUCUUUUAGUUUUUAAAUAAAUGAGAAAAACUGCCAAAUUUUUAUUGAUUUCUGGGUUACCUUGGCAACAAAUGAAAGAAAACACGAUCAAUAAUGCUUUGCUGAGAAUCGUUUUCCACCAUCGUUGGUUUUAUCUAUGGGUUUGAAUUAAAUAUUACUCUAUAUAAUAUCCUACUUUCCGAAAUCCCUCCUAAAACAGUGGCACACCCAUCAACAAUAAAUCAGUUUUUUUCAUAGUAUAUUUUUACACGCUCACACUAAUACGUAUUACGUUGUUUGUAUAAAAUUAGAUGCUGCUAGCGUAUAAAUCUCGAAAGAUCUCGACAUAUCAAAACUUAAGUCACGGUUAUAUUAUAUAUUAUAUUACGCUGUUGGUCCUGCAUUAAUACUGUAUAUAGUCUAUAGCGAGCUUUACGGAAGCUUAUUGAUACAAGACGAGAAAACUAUUCGUUUACAUCGCCGCCACCGCAGCAAAAUAUAAAUCUAUACCCGGCGGAAAAAAAAAAAACGCCCCGCCUCGGAUUUAUAAUGUGCGCGAGUUUUCCGACGAACUGUGAAAGACAAAUGAUUUUCUGAGUGUAAGAAAAAGAGAAAAAAACCGCAGUUCCCUUAACGACGUGGCGAUUUCGGAACUAAGUAAUGCUCGUAAUAUAAUAAUAUAUAAUAUACUUAGGUAGGUGUAUUUUAUAGUUUAAACGUUCAGUGGCGUAUUUUAGAGGGGAGAGACGGGAGCGAUCGCCCCUCCCAUCGAUUACUUUUUUUUUUAGGUAUUUUCCAUAUACAUUUGCUUUGUAUAUACAUACACAAAUUUAAUAUUGUUAAAAAAGUAUCGUCAGAAACAAAAAUAAAAAUAAAAGCACUUCACGGUAAUAUAAAUACGGUAGAAUAUAAGCUUGUGUAUAAUAAUUUUAGUGCCCUCCCUUGUCCCCGAUAAAACAAAGUCAAAUGCGUAAACGUUUGGUUUUCGUAUUGCAAUGACGCAUGCAAACAAUAUUGUCCAUUUCGGAAACCACGUCGUACGAAAUUCCCAAAAAAACGUUCGGUGAUUUUACAAUAAUAUUAUAAAAAACGGAAAAUCAUUUCCCGUUUAAAACGCGUGUUAUAGGUGUCUCGCACGAUAUUUUCGGUACUCGUAGUUCGAAUGUUCCUAGCCGGCGUUUUCUAUUGGGAUGCCGCGAAAAUAAUGUGAAGAAUUUGCGCCGUUUGAACGAAAAGGUUUUAAACGAAAAUCCGCCGGUUUAAUGUAUGUGCAUCAAAUGUAUUUUACUUUUCAUACUGGUUUUGCAUUCUACGUAGGACCAAAUUAUAAAAUGAUUAUCUUUUAAACGACAAAACCGAAUGACUGUAGCUAAAAUCUCAGUUUUUUUUUUUUUUUUAUAUCUACAAAUAAUAUUAAUCUAAUCACUUCACUAUAAAAUAAAAUAGUAUUAUAUCUGUGUAAGGGGCGAGGGUACCAGAGUGGACUAUGCGGAUUAAAGUCCCUCCUUUCACGGGCGUAAACGUACCUAAAAAAUAGCAUUUGCGGUACAAUAUAUAAAUUAUAACUUGUAUGAAAAAUACAUUUUUAAAGCGUAUGAAAAGUGCAUAUUUUUUCGCCCUUCUCUUAUCUAUCUCUUAGGUCCACACCAAAAACUUAUUCAAUUAUUUAUUAUGGUGUAUUGAACGUAAUGAACGAGAAAAAAAAAAAUGUUAAGUAUAAAAAUAUCAUCUCGUUUUAAUGCUAGUGUGUAAUUUUUGAAAUUUUUGAAAGUUAUUUUUAUUUUUUUUUCAAUUUUGAUUUAACAUUUUGGCGGGCGGAUUGAUAAACGAUCGCUGACCGGAUUCGGUCAGCGAGCAGCAGCCGGUCACUGCUGGUCUAUCGCGUACUCGUCGCCCGCAACCCGUGGCUUCAUCUUAAAAACCGCGUUGCGACGUGGCGGCGAUGCACGGAGCGCAGCUCGUUUAUUGCCCGCGUAGGCGUCGUCGGCGGCGGACGAACGUGCCGGGCCGAAAGGCCGUAAGCGCCUGCUGCCACCGCUGCCGCCGCUGCCGUGCUGGAUGAACGCAGGUUAUAAUCCUCCGGUCGGGUUACCAUGGUUACCGGAGUAUCAUCAGACGGGGUGUCACGUGUGGUUGGCGACUUACAGACGCUACACGCCGUUAAUCGAUUUACUCCUCACGCACCGCACACACACACACACACACACACACACACACGCGCGCGCACACGCACGCACACAUACACACACGCGCGCGGACGCACGCACACACGGACACACGCACACGAAAGCUCACGCACACUUAUAUACACUACUACACUGACACGCCGUCAUAAUUAUUAUUAUGUGCACCGCGAUGAUGUAUUUUUUCCUCCCUCCCCCCCCCCCCCCCCGUCGUCAUCGUAUACUCGCACCGGAGUUUAAAUAACUGUACAGUUCGAUCGUUCUGCGAUAUAAUAUUGUACACUACAUACAGGGCGAUCCGUUUGUCAUUAUUUAGCAAAGUAUCGACUUGUGCCGAAAUAAAAAAAAAAAAAAAAAAAAUAAAAAAAAAAAAAAAAAAAUACAUAAAAAUAAAAAUCCAAGAAAAAUAGCGGCUUUAAAAAAUUCUAUAUUUUCGUUAUUCUCGCCCUUAUUUUCGGACGUGAAGUGCCUACUUAUACUUUCAACCGACAACCCGUAUUUAAAAUUCCCUCGAUAGAAAGGGUAUUAGUUUAAAUACAUUUUGUUGUCGAAAGUUUAUAUUUCCGUUAACCCCGUUGAUGAGAUAUUUCGAGUUUAAGUUCGGGUAGGAGCCCCUUUUUUAAACGCCAGGCGCUAUGCCACCAUAUAAACGAUACUCCGUUACUAUUUCAUCAUAUUCAAACUUAAAAAUGAAAUAUCUCGUCGACCGGUUGAUGGACACAAAAAAUUUCAACGCUGUGAUAUACUUAAACUAACGUCGUACCUAUUGAGAGAAUUUCAAAUAUUGGUUGUCGUUUGAAAAUCAAAAACAGAUAAGCGUUUCACCUCCAAAAAUAAUUGUGUCGACAAAAAUAAUGAAAACAUAACAGUUUAGAGCGGUUUGUUUUUUUUGAACUGUUAAAAAUAUAUUUGUUGAAAAUAGUCAAAAUUAUACGAAAUAAUGAGCUUUUACAUUAAAUGAACCGGCCUGCAUAAUACGCGUGUGUAUCGUGCUUGUAAAACUACCAAACGGAACUCAGAUCGGUUCGUGAUGAUGUAUACAGGACGCCGUUUUAUAAUAGCUGUGAACCAACGAUGGCAUGACGGGAUGCACGUUGUAAUUUCGUUUGAAUACUGAAAUACAAACGAAAUGCGAAGGUUCGACUAAUUAAAGAAGUUUUUUUUUUCUUGUGUAACAAACUCGGCGAAUAAUAAUAAUAAAAAAAAGAGAUGAUACGGUUUCCAUUAAAAUUUAAACUUUAAACGUUUAUAAAAAAAAAAAAAAAGGUCUAUUAAAUUACGCUGAACUUUUUGUUUUUCGACUACCAAAUAAAACUUAUUAUAUGAUGAUCUUCCUGUGAAAUUUUCGAGCAUUUCAUCUCGGUCAAAACGAUUAUAAAACUAAAAUAUAAUUUUUUUUUUUUAAACGCUAAAAUGUCAUAUCCUAUAAAUAACUACAAAAUGUUUAUAAUUUUUUGAAAAAUAAAGAUAUAAAUAAUCAAUAAAGGGACAGCAUUUUUGGUUAAUACAAAUUACAAGCCACGAUUUUUAACAAAAUUACAAAAAAUGCAAAGAAAUCGAAAAUAUAUUUUAAACUGUUAAUUUCGUAAAAUGCUCAGUUUUUCCUAUAUUUUUGUUUUUUUUUUUGCCAAUAAUUAAGAAAACUAAAGGUCAAAUGAAAAAAAAAAAAAAACAAAAUAAUAGAAAACAAUUUUUCAAUACACCAAUUAGACAAAAUUAUCUUUCAGAAAAGACGCUACGCCUUGAAAAACAGAUCGAGACAUUAAGUUAUUGCUUAUUAAUAGUCUGACAAAAAAAACAACCACACUUAUCUUAGUAAAACCAAUAUAUCCUCGAUACGCUCAGUCUUAAAGUCCGAAAUUUGAGCGUUAGUUGCCGGGAUCGAAACGUCUGAUCUCUGCCGAUAGGUUUACUUGCGUUCCUUUUUUUGUCCUAUGAAAGAACUGCAAAUCUAGAAAAAUAUUGUUCAAAUAAAUUGUAUUAAGGAUUACAACCGGUGGUGUUCGCAUAUUAUGCGCUGUACACUAUCAACAUUUUGUUGUACAGUCACAGGUAUACCGUGUAUUGCACGAAAAUAAUUUUUCAAACAGACAAAACCGUCAUGGUGUACAAUAAUUAUUAUUAUCCAAACAUAUCACUCACGCCAGUGGUUUUCAACCUGAUUCCAUCAAGAAAUCGCGAGUGAUAAUGGUGCAUGGGUGAGGGGUUGCCAAAAACUAUAACUAUCGCGUUUGCUGUACAACAAUAUAUAUCUUAGUAUUCAAGUUUUACCAAAAAAAUGUUUGAAUUUGUUGUGAAAAAACACAAGGUCCCAAUUGGAUUGAAAAAAAAAGGUUCGAGUAAAGGUUGAAACCGCUGAAUCUUGCCACUAAAACUAUAAAAGUAGUACAAACUAUAUUUAUUUCAGUAAUUAUAAUUAAAUUAUUCGUAAUAUUAUCUUAGUUUGAUUACAAUAGUUUGGUAAUCUCGGUUUAAUUGUCGUACAAUCGAUAUCUAUAUUUCCCUGUACGCGGUAGAUAUCACAAUUCGCCAUUAGAAAUAUGUAAAACGUCCCGCGCUAGGCAAACGCUACGGCACUCUCGGACAAAUGAGUGGCGUUACGGGAACACCACUGCAGGAACACACCUAACCGAAAAAGUGGUCGCGGACGCGAUAAAAAAAAAAACACGCGCGUACUUCGCUCCGAGUAUAAUGUCGGCUAUUAAAUAUUAUGUUAUUUGUGUUAAUGUUCUCGUGCCCGAUAUCGCGUAAUUUUACAACCGUCCGGCCGUCCAUAAUAAAACCUAAACAAUCCCAUCCCGACGCUGUACGGUCGUAAAAUAAUAUUAUAUCGUCGUAUAUUAUGUCCGGCGCGUUUCACUCGAGAUUCGGCGAGUGAAAAAAUAAAAACGGAGUAAAGAAUCGCAAAAGUUACCGGGUACCGAUAAAACAGUCCCGUCGAAUAUACGACGUCCUCGUUGGUUAUCAUCGGUAAUCACGACACAAUCGCGAUACUCGUGCGUUAUCACAUUAUGACGGCCUGGACACAAUCGAUGAAACAACCACAUUAAUAUCGAAUUUUAUUGUAACGAUGCGCGGGAUUUAAAAGCGAUAUAAAACCGACACCAAAGGGAUACGUUUGAGCAGCGGUCGGGAAUCAAUACCUUCAACGUAGUGGGCUACAGCCAUCGCUUCAUUACUAGAAAAAAAAAAAAAAAAAAGAGUUUACCUUACAAUAAUCGCUACAUUUUUUUUUUUUUGUAAGUGCAUAUGUCGCUAUGAAUUUUAACCGGUGCUUUAAUUUGUUUGGAUAUUUCGAUAGUUGAUAUUGAAUAGAGCAGGUACUUGCGUACAGUUUACGAAUUGGUAGCGAAAAAUUAUUCACAUUUGGCGUUUCCGAUGUGAAAAAAAAAAUGACACUUGCAUCACUUACUCAGUUACAUGACAUAAUAUUUUACUAAAAUAAAAACGUUAGAAAAAAUUCAUAAUUCUGUUUCAGUAAAAAAUAUCGAAAUUCGCGCUCGACAUCAAAUACAGUAAUAUCAUUCGACCGUUAGUCGAAAUAAUAUUUCGUAAACGAUAACAGCUAUUGAUAAGCCUGACGAGUAGGUAAUAAACAACGAGAACGUGGUGUUCGGGAAAAUUUCGCCGCGAUUGGCGACGGGGCUGCUGGGCAUGGAUACCGAAAUAAUGCGAUAUGGAUUAUAGAUGGAUUAUAGAUGAGUCCAUAGAUAUUAAAUUCUAUUACAUUCAUUAUCUACGAUUUGGUCCCAGUAUCGCCGCCAGGUGUUGGCCCGUUUGCUUUCUACCGUGAACAGCGAUUUUCGUAUCGCGUACGGGUCACGUCAUGUCUUAUAAUGUCCUAUACCUAUAUAAUAAAAUAGUAACAAUGCGGUUUUUGUGUUAUUUUCGUUAUUGUUCGCGCGAUGUGAUGUAUACGGCAGAUCAGAUUCUGCACAAUAUCCCAAGGCGGGCCUUGUGUACGGUAUAUUAUUACAUAAUAACGAAAUCGAUUAUGUUUAUUUAAAAAAAAAAAAAAAAAAAAAAAAAAAAUAAACCGCGGCUACGUGACUCGACCAAUGAGAACAUUUCAAUAAGUUUCGAGAUCGCGUGUCGGGCGGGUGUAACGGCGAAAUUAUUAUUACAAACAGUUACAGUAUGUUAUAUGUAUAACGAUCGUUAUUUUUAAUAAUUAUAAGGUAGGCCAGAAGGUAUUAUUCUCUAACGAUAAUUCCGUUUUCUCGUUUGUACGCCGGUGUACAGUCGCACGACGCGCAGGUAUAUGCGCGGGACCGAUGGCGUGUUCAGAAUUGUAUUGUGAAUUUGGAGAUACGGGGUAGAGGGAUCUGAAUAUAACUAGUCAGGUAUAAAUACAAAAUCGUUGGAAAUUUUUUCCUGCGGGUGGGAAUGGAUACGAUAACUGGUACCCACUCCCUUCAAACAGCGCGUCUGUUAUUACAAACAAUUGGUUAACGUAUCGUAACAAUGCAUCGUGAUUAGCAUACAAUAAUUCCGAGCGGAGUGAUUUUUUUUACUAAGAUGUUUAUUUUAUUUUUUUUUUUAUCUGUGUGCGAAACUUGUAUACAAGAAGUCUUGCUCAGAUUUUUAAGUUUAACGCCUUUUGUGAAAUGAAAUCUGUAUGGGCAGGUACAUUAAGGAGGUCAUUAUUCGAUUUUCUCAGGAGUUUUCCCAGCAAAUGUGCAUAACCGAGACAAAAUGUGGGUAAACCGGGAAAAUCGGUGCAACAUUAAACAAAUAUUGUUAAAGAAAAUAUAAAAAGCCUAUUUAAUUAUUUUAUUAUAGAAUGACACAUAUUUUUGACAAAGCAUUAACAAACUGAACUCUGCUUGGAAUCGUUUGUUUUUAUAAGCAAUGGAUUAUCGUUCUUUACAGGUAUACAUUAAAUUUUCUAUAACAGUGGCCGCACCCGUCCCAUUAUCCUAGGAUGUCUUUUUUUUUUUUUUUAUUGAAUAUCUCCGAAUAUUAAUGAAAAAUAAACAAAAUUACAGAAAAUUCAUAAAGCAUAAAUUACAAUUAAAAAAAAUCAAUAGGGGGUAGAUAUUAUAAUACCGUCAAUUCUACACCCCGUCGAACACGCCCCUGCAUGGAAGCCGAUUUCAAUACAAUUUAGUAGUUCAUUAUGAAUAAUGUGUGUGUUAAUAAAUUAUUCACUUUUAUAUAAUAAUAAUAUUCUAGUUUAGAAAAAUUGCUUGAACAAUACCACACUCGUUUUUAUAUUAGGUAUACAUAGAUUUUUUUAUCGAUAAUAUAAAAAUCAAAUUGACUCUAGUAUUAAACAAGUAUGUACUUAACUUAAUUUUUUUUUCCAUAACCUAUAUUUAAUAUGUAGCGUAAUAUUGAUCGUUUCCUUAAGAAUUAUAAUAAAAUUUCCGUAUUUUGUUAUACUUGUAUAUUAUUUUAUUAUAACUGAACAUUAUUUUAAAUUCAAUUUCGUAUAUUAAAAAAAAAAAAAAAAAAAUAUGCUUGUACAUUAUUUAUUAUUUAUCGCGGAGAUUUAUUAUAUACACGAUAAUAAUAUUUUUAAGUAAAGGUAGGUAAAUAUUAUAAUACUGUGUUACAGUUAUUCAGCGUUUUUUUUUUUUUUUUUGUAAAAUGUAAGCGAACGUUUUUCUUUCUUUUAUACAGUUUAAUUUACAUAUUAGGUCGAUAAUAUAUUAUAUUAUACAAAAUAGUUUUUUUUUUUUUUUCGUAUUCUUUCAUAUUAUGUAAUUUGAAUAUAAAUAUAUAGUAGAAAAAUACUUGUAGAGUGUAAGUAUUAAAAUGUUUUUUGGCUGUUAUAAAAUAUAUUAGAUUUUUUUUGAACUUUUGAACUAGUGCAGCUAUUCAUAGUUUGACGUCCGUACACGGUGUAAUCCCAGAAUCACAUUUUUUAAUUAUAUAGAAGUUAUUUCGGGAAUUAUUACCGAAAUCACACCCGGCGUCACUCUACAAUGACCACAUAAUUUCAACAUACCUAGCAAGUACCUAAUAAUAUUAAUAUGUCGUUGGCGUUGAAUCGACACAAAAAGAGUAUUUUAGGAAAACUCAUUCAUUGAUCGGUCAAACGCAAUAAUGAAUAUAGCGCUGUGUAUUAUCUAAAAAGUAAUAUUUUUAUCCAUGAUCUUAUCUAGGCGAAUAAAAAAAUAAGUUAUCGCAGUCGUAUCUUAGGAUAAAUAAUUGAAUCGUCCAGAUAAAUCUAUCUAGGUCGUUAUUUAUAUUAGAAAUAAAUGUCAACAACAUAUUUAAUGUAAUAUAUUUUCAUACGGUAAUAAUUACGUUUUAUUAUUCGCGUGACCUAAAUUUUGAAAUCUAUAUAUUAUGGUACACUCUUACUGCGUUUAGCACUUAGUAUUUUAGCGAUUGGCAGUGAACGAAAUUAUCAUAUUUUUUUGUCUAGAUAAAAAGUUGCUAAUCGUAUUCAACUUUGUCUAGAAAAUUAAAUUAUUAAAUUUUCAAAAUUAUCGUUACACUACACUGACAGCGAGCGUUCCGUUAGACGAACGGAGUCUCCGGGUUUUGAAUACCAAUUCCAGGGGUAUACCCAAAUACAUAUGCAUGUCGGACCAAAAAUCAACAAGACACUAUAAUACUUGUGUAAUAUGUUGGUAUGUAAUUUAUACAUGUAUAUUUUUUUUCGUUUUCUACGCAAUCAAAACCGUAGACGUUUUUUGUAACGUUUGUGACGCGGUAUAAAAUACAAUAAUAUGCGAGAGGCUAUUGUACGCUAUUGACGUCCAAUAAAAUGUUGUAGUUAUGAACGAUACAUAUUGCAGUCCAUGUAACAAAGUUAAAAGAUCACGCGUUUCCAACUUCGUUUGUUGUGAAAAGUAAUUUUAAUCCGGGUCGGAUUCGCGUAUACAUACUUACUCGGAUCCACACCCCUGAGUUUGGGACUUUAAAUUCAAUUUAGAAAGUUUAAACUUAAAAUCUGUCAGGUACCUAUUUUAAGUGUUAAAUAUAUAUAUAUAUAUAUGCAGUGUCGUCCUGGCCAUGGCCGCUAGGCCAUGAACGUAUCCCGAGCACCCGGUAGUGUAUGUGUCUGGGAGCCUCUUAGGCCCUGAGAUUUAGAAAAUAUCGUCAUUUAACUAUACUCACUGUCUUUUAUGCACAGAUUAAAUACACCGUUUGAACUUUAGUUAACCGUUACGGACACUGCAUCAUACAACAAUAAAAUAUUAUCGGUCGUUAUUAAUAGUAAUACUGCGUGAGCUAUUCAAUUAUUUAAAAUGCACAAAAUGCUGAAAAGUGCAAAGAUUUCGCCGAAAUUCCAUAUUGUGAAUAAAUCAUAAUAUAUGUAUACAUUUUAUAUAUAUGUAUUUUUUACAGUAUGGGCGUCACUGUAUUUAGACCUGCCCGCGUCGUUAUUUUCAGAAAAAUUAUCGACCGACGAUACCGGCUUCCGACCCAAAUAUUAUACUUAUUUUCACGGUGUUAAAAUUUUCAUUUAUGGGAUUCCUUAAAAAAACAAAAAUGUUCCGGGGGGGCCUUUGGUGUGCCGGGUCGUCAAUGAUUGAUGACUUAGAUGAGAGAUGAAUGAAAAAUAAUAGACCGACGCGUUUAUAAAAUAUUUUACUCGCUUAGGCAACCUGACAUAAUUUUACUACCUAUUCUCCAAUGAAUAAGUGAACAACUAAAUAAUUGUAUAUUUCAAUAAAAAUGAUAACUAUUAGAGAAAUAAUCGUUUCAAAUAUAUUACACUUGUAUCACGUUAAAAAAUUAUACGCCAAAUUCGAUUCAGUAUUCGUAGGGCGUAGUUUCUGUUUGUGGCUGGGCGUAAAAUUACGUGCGAUAGCGAAUGUAUUAGGUAGUAUGCAUUUCGGUAUACUAUUUUAAUAUAUUAUUAUGCUUUGUGAUGUAAUUUUUCACCAGAUAAUACUUUAAUUGAAUUUUUUUUCGAAAUUCUCAUUAAUUUUAUCUCGGAAGAAACGGAAUUUCCAUGCGUCUGUCGGUACUUAACUCGAUGCGUUUUUAUUUUUAAACUUUCAACAGUUCGUCCGUUCCAGAUCCUUCGUUUGGUGCUAAUCUCGGAAAACACUUUUUCGGUCGUUAAAAAACGGUCUAAAUAACGAUUCGGUAUAGGAUUAUAUUCGAUAUUGUAUCCAUUUUAAUAAAAGUAAUUUAUAUUAAGUGUAAUACGGUGUACGACCGUGUACUGCAUGCCUAGGUCAUUAAAUCAAUAUGAAAACAUUUUUAUUUUUCGAGCGGCGGGGAUGGGACGGUAGUGAUAUAUGCGCGCAGUAGGAAAUCGUCCGAAUUUUGGGCAACGCUUUGCAGGGUUUCAUGUGUUUGUCCACAACAGAUGCGACUGUCCGGACAUGGCCGUUUCGAUAUGCGUAAAACUGAAGCCCGGCGACCGUGCACACCAAGAGGGAAAAUUGUAUUGAUUAACCCGUAAAAUAUUAUAAUAUUUUGCUUAUGCCGUGGAGCUACCACGCGACAAACUUACGUUACGAUAAUAAUUUCUGAAAUAUAAAUACGUUCAAAUUGCGUACCCACGUGUUUCUCUAUUAAACAUACCCACGUGGACAAAUUUCGUAAAUCCCACGAACACGGGGUGUGGCGUACACGUCAUAUAAAAUGUUCGUAAAUGUUAUAUAUAUAUAUAUAUAUAUUUUUUUUUAUCAAAUUACCUAAUGGGAUAGCGAACAUUAUAACAUUAUACAGGACACGGUGUGAUUAUAUUUUAUUUUUUCGAAUAAAGACCCUUUCGGUUUAUUAAAUUUAAUAUAUAUUUUAUUAUUAUUAUUAUUUUUUUCUUUUUUUUUUUUUUUACAAAACCAUCGUUGAAAUAUACACCUCUGAACUUGAAUGUGUACGCCAAUAUUCGACACACCCCGUCUAUUCAAUAUACCGGAAAACGUACGCGUAUAAAGUUACCUAUAUAAUAAUAAUAAUGAUAUAAUUUUAAAUAUUAAAGUAAGAUUUCUGGUAGUAAAGUCGCUAAAGUCGCGAAGAAAAAAAUAACCAAUGCGUACAAUUAAAACCAUUACCAUACAUUGCUGCGCCAAGAAUCUAAAACGUAUACGUUCCGGAGAAAUCCGCGAGGGUUUACAACUGUUUUCUUUUUCCAUGACAAGUCGUAUUAGGAUUUGAAAAAUAUCUUACGUGUUUAUGAGUACACUGUCACCAAGCGUCGUUAAACAAUUAUGAUUGUUAACUUUCUCGUUACGAAUAUGACUAAACAGGUAAAAAUAACGAUUUUUUUUAAUCGUUAUAUUUUUUUAGCGUACAUACGUCACAGUGAAAUUCAUUCGGCAUUGUGUUUUAUCGAACGCAGUUCAUUCAUUUCAAACGGAGAUUAGCUUAAUUUCGGGAUUAACUGAGUGUUUUAUACCGCACGAAAUGGUCGGACUGAUAUUCGAGUCGUUUGUUACAUCGCUUCAUCUAUAAAAGGAUGCGGCGUGUCAGCGAAAUUCUGGGUAAAUGUUGCGCCAAUGAGGUUCCUUCAUUCGCUGAAUAUCCAUCAACUCUCGUGUCACGGUUUUCUCCCCUUUAUUCUGAUACGGUAACUAAACUGGAUGAGAAAGGUAGGGAGGGAAUUUCGAUGUUUUUAUACGCUUUUUGUCGUUCUUAACGACAUAAUAACGUUUUUUGAAAGAAAUGAAAAAAAUAAAUAAAAUAAAACAACAACAACAGAAACUUUAAGAUUAAUAGUUACUUAGGGUUUUCUAAAAAAAAAAAAAAUAUUUUUACACUGACUACCACCCCCUCCCCCAUCACAAGUCAAAUAAUUUUUUUUUCCAUUUUAACCUUAAUUUUUAUUGGCAUAAGAAAAUGUUUAACUAGUUAAAUGUGUUUAUCUUUUUUUAUGUUAAAUAUAAUACAUGUACACAUACAUAACUAACUCUAUAUCUCAUAGGUUUAACGGUUAUUAUGUUAUCAUAUGUGUAACCGAAAAACAAUUUAAAAACCGAGAGCGCCGAGAUUGACUUUCUCAAAAUAUUAUAUUUUAAAUUGAAUUAAAGUAGAAAUAGUGUUAUUUAAUACACUGUUAUACGAUCGAAUUACUGUUUACAGAAGAAUAUUGAAAUAAUUGGUCUUCCUUAAAAAUUAUCACAUUUCUUUAUCAAUAUAUAGGUUAAUAUUGUUGGUAUACUGUAUUGAGUUUGAUUUCUUUUUUUUUUUUUUUAAUGAAUACUUAUUUUAUAUUAUUAUUGCUGAACGAAUAGUAAGGCAAUAGGCGUUUUUUACAUUUUCAUGUUACACGCAAACGCAAUUAAGUAAAAUUAACAAAGUGUGCGCGUGAUAUUUAUUACAUUAAUAUUUUGUCAACAUGCAACAUAUAUGUGUGGAGUGUAACAUUAUACAGAUGUGAAAUCUAGACAGUAAACAUAAUCAUAAAGGAAAAUGUUUGAAACAUGGUGCUACCAAAUAUUGCUCACGAUUCCGCGUUGCAACAAAGUAAUAAAUGAAAAAGUGGCAAGAAGAACUAAGCAAAAAAAGAAAACUUUGGCAAAUUUUUUAAAAAAAAUCGAAGGGAUAAUAUCAUAGAUCACAUUUUGUGCCGUGACAAUUUGUUUAAGAUGAUAAUUGAAGGUUAUGCGUGUGGAAAACUCGGAAAAGGAAGACCAAGGGUGAAAUACAUACCGUAAUACCGCAUGCAUUUUCCUACAGAAGAACGGUGAUUUGCAUGAAAAUUUAAAACACUGGAUUGAGUGUGGUUGGAUAAAAUGGAGAAAGUAAGCGUCUAGUAUUUCGUGUGACAAGAGAAUUUUAAUGAGACUUACGUUAAGUUCUGAAGAGUGAAGGAAGAAGAUAGGAUAUGGGAUGAGUAUAGCAUAGAUGGGUGGCAUAGACGUGGAUUCGAUAAUANACGUAAUAAGAGAAAAUAGACAGCGAUGUUUCGGGCAAGUCACGAGGAGAGAGGAACCUGAAGCAAUACAAAUCGUAAUGGAAAAACAUGUAGAAGGAAAGAGAUGGAGAGAAAAAUUAAAAAAAAAAUGUGGUUAUACGCGAUAAUACUAAUAUGAAAAAAGAUAUUGAUAAUAAUAUGAUUUUUUUUUUUUUUUUUAUAUAAUAGUGAUAUUGAAAACAAUUUAAAACAAACUUGCACAACGAAAGUUCUGUUUGUAUUAUGUUGAAAAUUUAGUUUCUCUUAUACGUAGAGUAUUUCUUGUCCGCGCAAAACUUGAUAACGUAAAUAUUAUAUCGAUAUCAUAAUUUCUUGCAAAAAUAAAAAAAAAAACACAAAUACCUGCAAUAAUGUAACAAGAAUACUUGUAAAUGUAUUUGAAAGUAAAUUUGAAUAUUUUUGAGUUGAUGAUAACUAUCGUAACCUAGACAAUAAACCAAUGGCGAGGGAAGACUUAAAAAUGUAUUAAUUGUAUUUAAUAUUUUUACAUGCAUAUUUGUUUUUUAUUUUCUGGUUAUUUGAACAUAAUUUUAAAAAACGUAGUUGGAUAUAAUCAGUAGAGUAUUUUUUUUCGUUUUUUGUGAUAAUUUAUUACAUGAACAUUUUUUUUUGUUUUAAUUCAAGUGGAUUCGGGAGGUAACUUUUAAAAUUAUGUUUUUCCCCGUUUCAUUUUAGUCACGGUAAACACCCUUUCACUGGUGCAUAAAAAAUGAUCCUAUAUAAUUUCAUCCAUUUUUCAUAUUUUUGGCCGGGAUUCAAAUAAAUAUUAUUUAUUUCGAAAUAACUGUUUACGAUGUUUAAAAACGUAAUAAUAAUCGAUAAUAUUUAUUAUUUUAUUGUAAUGAAGUAGAACGAUGGAAAUUGUUAAAAAUAUUCGUAGAAACUUGAAAUUUUUACAGAAAAAUCAUAUUUAUUUAUGCGGACAUUUUUAUAACUUUUAAGCCAAUUUCGACUAUUAAAAUUUUGCGAAUCUCUUACGUAAUUUUUAUUUGUUAGGUACCCUGUAGAUAAAAUGUUCAGACUAAACAGAAAUGCUUGAAAAUUUAACAAGAGAUUCAUUAUUAGUCAUACUUGGUGGUAAAAAAAAAAAAAUCGAGUGUGAUGUAUUAUUAUUAUUUUUUAUAUAAGUUUGAAAAUUAAAUUUUGACGAAAAUCAUAAAUAUUACGGUGUAUCAAAACAUUUACAACCGAACUUCGUUCUGAAUCGUUUUUCGUUAACAAUAGUUUAUCGUUGGUGACAAGUAUAAAUUAAAUAACUUUACGUAUCUCACCUUUCUAACUACUCACCUCACAAUAGUGGCCACACCCGUCCCUGCGGUAUCAGCUUUUUUUUUUUUUAUAAUUUGAUUUAUCGAGAAAAGAAUGGCAAACCCUUUGUUAUUUUGCUAUAUCCAAUUAUAUUGUUUAUUUGUAUAGGAAGAUUUUUUAUUUUUAAUUUUAAAACAAAUAUAAACCACAAGUGUGUAGGUCAUUCGUAGGUAAUUAAUUUGAUACCAACGAUCGACCGUUUCAUCGCGUUUUUUUAUAUAUUCCGCUAAUAAUACGAUAAAGGAAAAAAAAAACAAAAUUGUUAUUUUGGCCUUUUCUUUUUAUAUAUAUUUAUAUAAUUUGACCAUUUAUUUUGUUCGCACUACGGAGUUUUUAUUAUAGGAUUGGUCACCCGUCGAGAGCUUUAAUCAGCGACAAUAGCGUUCCGUGAUAAUGUCCAGAAAAGUACAAUAUCUGAAAUGUAAAAAUAAAUGUUUUGUAAAAUUAUCUCCACCGUCCGAAUCUUUAGCGGCAGCCGUACAAUGCAACAUACCUAAAACUCGCAGUCCGGCUACCUCUAUAUUAUUUUAUAUAGAAGAUACCUACCUACAUAGUAUUGUUAUAUACAGCGGCUAAACAAACUUUGGCGUGUUUAGAGUUCCGGCGAAGAGACAAAUUCUUCAUAGCCCCAUUUCAGGUUAAUGCGGCGUUUAAAAAUUAUUCCCGCGUAACACAAUAAUAAUUACAAUUAUAAUAGUACCUCGAGCAUUACGGACAGAUCCAGACGAAACGAUGCGUUGCCAAGUUUACGAAUUUUCUUAUUAAGAAAAGAAAAAUAACGUUUUCUCUUAUGAUAAAAUAUAUAAGCGCGCAUUCGAAUAUGUCGUGCAUUAUUCUAAACACCGAAAUGGUGUGAUAUUAAGAGGCCGUGCUACCGAACGUAACAAUUCGACUGUUUCGAUUGUAUUGCGAACAAUAACGACGUUUUGCGCGGUUAUUUAAUAUUUUCGGUAUUACAGGCGCAGAAGAAAAUUAUUUUAGUUUCAAAAUCGGAUAAUUUUAAGUUUUUCAAACUAUAAUAUCCGUGCAUUUCGUAAUAGUGAUAUAGAACAACUUUGUUUUACGUUUGAAGACGAAUAUUAAACGCGAUGUAUAGGAGUAGAUGAUCUUAUACGUCAUGCGAAAUAAGUAGGUGUGUAUUGGCGCAUGAUAAGUAAACCCAACUAUAAAUAUAAUGGAAAUACAAUAUAAACGUAUACUGUAUGUACACUGUGUUUUAAAUACGAAUUGAAAUAUUCGUACGCAAAACAAUUUUUAUGAUGACGGUUGGUUGAUUUUUUCUUCCGGUGUUUUUGUGUCCGUCUGUGUUGAACUAAAUAACAGUGUAACACAAAUACAACAAAUAAAUUUCAAAUACUACACAUUGACGGUAAGGAAAAAAUAAAACGGGAUUAAUACGGGACAAAAUGCGAACAGUAUACAUUUCGACAGAACAUCCGGACAAUACCGUACGAUUCGGCGGGACGCAUGGGGUCACCCAAUUUUAUGGUGAAAAUUUGGUUUCUUAACUGAGUCCGCGACCCGAGCAGUUUUUGCAGGGAGAGGUAAAAAAAAAAAACCACUUGAUUUUAAAUUAUAACUACAGCCGCCCGACCGUCCUGAAUCUGUAUCGCGCGGUGAACUCUGUGCUGUAGAUGAAAAACGGACGGAACGUGAAGAGUUUUGAAUUCCGUUCGGGAGAUUCCUGGACCUUUGGUUAUACGGUGCGAUACCGACUCAGAACCCGAAAAUAUAAGUCUGUCCGUCCAAUAUAAUCUACGGGCGUUCACACUCGUGUGAUGUCGUGAAAUUAAUCUCUUAAAAUCGUAAAAUUAAUGUCGUUAAAAAAAAAAAAAAAAAAAAACCUGUCCACUAUGCACACAAUUAAAUUUCGAUAAGAAUUACAGACGUGUAAAAGCCAAAUGCUAUAGAUGACGGAUACGGGUCGCUCGAUGUAAAUAAAUUACCGCGGACGAGGCGUACCCGAAAAUGCUGACGGUUAUCUAUUUAACAGCCACACGCUUGAUUACGAUCAACUGAUUGUGGUGUACAUUACGUCAUCUUAAUGUUAUACCGGAUCCGCUUAACACAAUCAAAUAAAUUACAAACGAAAAACGAUACUAUGAAAUGACUAAAAUUCACCGAUUCACCACCAAUUACCGUUUUUUACAUCAGCGUUGUAUCAGACGUCGUAUUCAGUAUCAAACAAAAAUAAUAACAAACACAGCUGAUAUUAUAGAUUUCCGCGGGGUUUUGUAAUACGCAGACAACGGCCGGCCGCCAACACCGAUCGCAAUAUUAAUUUAUUAUUGCAGUAAAAUCAGUCGGAUCAAAUAAAUGUUUAUGAAACCGUUCGGCGCGCGAUGAGUGCCGCGCGUAAAACCGUUUUGAUUUAUGAAAUUAAAAACAAAACAAGAGAAAAAAAAAAAAGAUCGAAAAUAAUAUACUAUAGUUUUAUAACACUUUUUUUUCUCUUUCUAAUGGAUUUAUAUUUCGAGACCCGAGACACUCCGGGAACGAAAUAAUAAUAAAAAAAAAAAAUUACAUUAUUAUUAUGGUUAUUAGUUAUGACUACGAUAGGUAAUAUAUUUUUCGGAUUCGAACGAAGACGAAGAAACGCAGUACGCGUUUUAUUUUAUAUUAUACCUAUUAAAUUCCCGUUGCCCGUAUUAUUGUAAUAUAAUAGCGUAUAGAUAUUUACGAAAAUAAUAUACUUUUGCAAUUACGUUAAUGAACAUUCGGCCGUAAAUAUAACGCGGGCAAAGUCAUUAUUAUAUUAUACCGAAUGCGAUUUUAUCGCAGGAAUGGGAGGGGGUUAAGAGGGAGAGAAAAUGUUACCUACCUACGCGCGUUAUUUUUAUGCACCUCGUAAAACACGUUGGGCGUAUCAAAAACUCAUAGUAUAAUGUACACUCUAUUCGCGGCUAUAAUAAUAAUAGCCGAUAAUAGGACUUUCUAGUUUAUUAAAAAUAUCCCAAAGGUCACGGAUAAAGAUGUUGAAAAUUUAUUCACAGCGUGUGCAAGUAUAAUAACAAUAUAAUAGGUACCGAACACACUGUGCCCGUCGCUUGUAUGUUUGGGCAAUAAUUUAGAGUUAGGAUUUUGUAGCUCGAUAAAACUAUAGAAAAACAAAACAGAAAAAAAAAAAAAAACAAACGCUCGAAUCACAAAAUACCUUAACUAACUAACAAAGCGCCUAAAAUAUUUAAAAAUUUCGCGAAAAAAAUAAAAAUGAAUAUUGUACGUAUUAGCUUUGUUUUAUUCUGAUGGUUUAAUGUUUAAUGAUUGUUUGUAUUACUAUAAUACACGAAACAGGUUGAACACCAGUUUAAAUAUUCCGAAUCGUGUGUAAAUACCUAUGAAUAAAAUGUAAAUAGAAAAAUAUUUAUGAAAAAAAAAAUUACAACAUUUAAAAAUGUAAUGGUGUCUGACACGACACGAAUACGUGACAUUAUUAUAUUUUAUAACCGCGUAAAUAUUUACGUGACGUUCACUAACGUUGUCAGUGUAUGUAAUAUGUGGAGGGAGGAAAGAAAUGUUUUAAAACCGGCGUCCGAAAUUAAUGUAAAUUAAUAUCGAUUUAUAACCAUUAACCGUAGAUAAUAAAGGGACGGAUAGGACAUGCCUAUACAAAUCUCAGGAGAGGUUCGGUCCCCGGAAUGGCUGCCAACUGAGGCCAAUUAUUAUCAAAGCAAUUUUAGGACUCCCGUGUGAUCGAAAUACCUACUAUCCUGAAAUUAUAAAUUAUAUUAAACCAUUUCAUGAUAAAAUCAUAGUUUUUCAAUUAUCGUUUAUUUGAAAUUCUUGCGGUAACAUUUCAAUUUCUAAUAUAAUGAAAUACAAAAUACUAUGCACAACGGUAGUGCAUCCGUUUCUUGUAGUAACAGCUCUUUUUUUUUUUUUACACAUUAAAAUGCAUUGAAGAUUCCUAAAUAUAAAGAAGUAUAAUAAUUACAUUUAUCGGGUUACUAAAAAAUAUAAGAAUCUGUAUCACAGUGCUACCUGACUAACCGAUAUAGGUGUAUUAAAAAUUUAAUAUUUUCGAGUUCCUUAGAUGUUAAAAAAAGAAAAAAACGAGUUUUCAAAUGUCUUUAAAAGAAUAACUGCGAGAACAACCAUAAUAACCAUCAUAAUAUAAAAGAAAGAGGUUCGAAUUUAAAUUAUUUCAAAACGGUUUUACGAAUUAUUGAACAUUUGUCACGUUCGGAUUUAAAAUAUUAAUAAUAAACACGCACCGUUAUAAUCGUGUCAAUAACACGAGAGAUUUACAACGCCCGAUUACCGGAGUUUACGUCCCACACUCUGUACGAUAAUAUUUUCAAUAGUUCGAUACCGUCACUCGAAUUAUUGUUUCUAAUUUUAGAGCUUUUCAAAAACGUGCAAACGCAAAUUUGAAUUAGAUACCUAUCUAAAUUCGUAGUUUAAUCGUUUGAUUGAAAGCUCGUUAUAGAUUUAACAAUAACAGUAACCUGAUAAUAGGUGCCGAACAUAUUAUUGUUAUUACGGUUAUAAAAGCUAUGCAAUUAUAAGCGUCACGCCACAUACUGUUUUGAAAGUAGCAUAGUAAGACGCGGAGUAUAAACACACAAAAAAAAAAAGUAUUAUUAAAAAAUUUGUCAUGAAAACAAUAUAUGCUCGGUCUCGUAUCUGUGCUUAGAGAAAUAAUAAAGGUACUGUACGGCAGAACAAGGGUUUGCGGAUAUCCGUGUAAAAUUCGCAGCCUCGCUAUUUGUCAUUGUGUAUACGGAGAAGCUUACAGAAAGUACCGUUAUGGUCGUGGUAGUCGGGUUUGUGGAGGGCCGAGAUGAAGAGAGAUAGGAAGAGAGAGAGGGGAGAGAGAGAGGAGACAGAGAGAUGGCGUCGUGUGUCUGUGAAGUUCGCGUGUAUGCGCGCGUGAGAGCGAGAGACGGUAGAGAAAAAAAGGUAAAGAUAAAACGAGCACCGACCUCUUGAACUCCGAUCGACACCCGUCACGCCUUUGUCAGACUAUAAGAGUCUCCGCGUAGUCGUAAGCCCACUUUAGCAUGUGCCUUCCAGUGUUAUUUGCUGGUUUUCACGAUCCCCGAGUGGCGGGCAGGCCUAUCUGGAAGUAUAGCAAACGUGCGCAGCAGAGGAGAGGAAAGGACGCAUAUAAAUUCAUAUAUAUAUAUGCGUAUAUAAUAUCACGGAAGAGACGUAUACGAGGGGACGGAGAGAAAUGAGGUGAAAGAAAAAAAAAACGAGUGCAAGGGAAACGCAGAAUAAAAUGGUGUGGCCGGUGGCGAAUAAGGAACGAAUAAAAUAAUAAAAAUAAUGUCAAGUUUUAAUUGAAAAAGUUUAAAAUGUUGAGAAUCCGUCUCGCCGCAGCAAUUUCUCAACAACAGCAGCAAUAUAGGCAGACACACUGCAAUCUAAUAUUGUAAUGAACACACGUGUCUCUGAGAAUGACAUAAACACAUUAAAAGGCAUUUUCUAUUAUAAUUUCGCAGUUUUCGCAAUAGUCACUUAUUUCAGGUACAUUUUACAAUGACUAAACAGCAUCUUUGACAAAAAUAUCUCAAAUCUUAUUUUAGAUGUUAUCGCAUAUUGUAUCUUGUAUCUUGCGAUACGGUUCUGAAAAGUAUCGAGUAACUUGUAUCGCGAUGCCUAAAUCAAUAUAUCUAGACGAGUAUUUAUAGAUACCCAUUUUGAAGUAUCUCGCUCAUAUGCGACUGAAGAAGGGGUCGAGUUUGGUCGUUUUCCCACCUGACUCCUACCUGAAAAUUACAUCGAAAAUUAACAAUAUUUGUAUGAAAACGGAGUGAAUCAGGGAAGUUCUUCAAAAUUUCGAAUGAGGUUUCAAAUAAAUAACCACCAAGUGAAAAAUGUAAUUAAUAUUUUCUUUUUAACGUAUCGAAUAUCGAGUAUUGUAAUAUUUUUUACACAAGUAUCUAGUAUCGAGUGUCUAGAUACUUAUUUUAAAGUAUCUUGUUCAUCCCCGGUAGUUCAAACUAUAUGUCACAUAAUUAAUGGUUGCCCUAUAGGAUCCUUCUAAAGGACGAUCAAAGGAGCCAGUGUAAAAAACCGAAAUCUCCAUUUUUUUUAUCUCAAAAAAAAAAAAAAAAAAAUCCUCAUCGAUCGGUGCAACAAUAGGACGAAUUGGAUCGUUAAAUACAGAUGUAAUACAAAAUGAAGAUGUCUGAUUUUUGCCCCAAAUAAUGGUCACGCAGUAUUUCUUUGUACUUAACACUGUUAAUCCAAUACGAGUUCUUUUACAUUUCACAACUUGUUUUGUAUACACGUUUAAAACCAUUCGCAUAAAAAAAUGUUUUUUUUUUACCACUGAGAACAUUAUUAGCGUGACAAUCAGAAACAUUUUUUUUAUAAAAUAGGUGUUUUCAACCUCUCCUGAAGACUUUCAUAAUUCGGAUUAUUAUACCCACCGCUCUAAGGAACGAGAAGUCCAUAAUGCACGUAAACGGAUCGAAUAACUGGGCGCAGACCCAUAGCGAAAUCAACCAAUUAUGGUUUGACUAUAAAAUCGUACUGUUUUUACAAAUUAUUGUUGUUAUUAUAAUUUGUGUAGAUUCUGAGCACAGCGAGAAAUGUGUUGGUUUUACAAUGAUGUUUAUUUUCAUAUAUGUUUUUUUCUGCGAACAACUUUACCGAAAAAACAUAAGGGAAACAGAAAACUUUACGAAAUGUGUUAUUUUCUAAUCGUAAAUAUUUCUGACUUUCGAAACAUAUACAACCGUACUCCGAUCAGAAUCGUUUUUCGUAAGCGAAGAUUAUUCGUUACGCACAGAUACACAUUGCGUUCCCCUCUAUAUUCCAACAGCGGCCUACCCGUAGUGCGAAAUACGUCCGUAUAUUUUUCAAAUUAGUUUUGUGUAUUUACGAUUGCGUGAUGCCGGCACGCAUACGACAACGGUAACGAUCACCCCGGCACUCGUGUACGUUCCACGCUGUUUCGCUUAUUCCUAUGCAAAUAAAUAUCCGUAAAAAUUCAUAGUGAUUCCGUAAAAAAAAAAAAAAAAAAAUAGAAAAAUCUUUAACGGGUGUGGGGGGAGGGGGGAACUGGGCGAACGCACGCGUACACGCGUACGGUUUGACCGUCCUGCCGACCGGCCGCGGCGUGACGCGGGAUAUUUAUUAUUCGUCGCCGGGCCGCGAGACGUUUCGCGGUCUCGAUUUCUGUAGCGCGCAGGGCCGUACCGACGCGUCUUUCGUACGUACCGAAUCUAUUAUUUACGCUCGCGAAUAAAUAAUAACGCCGUCUGUGUAUUAUGUAUUCGCCGUGCGUACCGCGGGCAAUGUAUGUGUAUAAAACGCGGGAAUCACUGAUUUAUCGCUCGCGCGCGAACGGCCCCCGGAUUAUAUAAUAUUUUUCUACGGUAAACACUUGCGGGUUUUAUGCGUGUCAUCUGAAAAUGACACGCCGUGUUAUUAUCAUAAACUCCUCGCCUCGCCGCGCGCGCCGCCGUCGUCGUCUCCUCGAAUUCUCUCGCGCCGCGCGCGUACGCGAACAUUAUGUAAAGUGGCGGAUGACACGGUAGACCGAGGGGGUGUGUGUGUGGGGGGGGGGGAAACAGUCCCCGGUUACUUUAGGCGGGUUUUUUUUUUUUUUCCAUUCUUCUUUUCUACUCGACGCCGCCGCUGUCGUCGUAUUUUUUUUUUUUUUUUGGCGUUUCCGUACACAGCCAGUGUACGGCCGCAUAACACACGCGUAUACAUUUCGCCGUGGGCGCGCGCACACUUCGUCCACGGGUCACGCGAUUUUUUACGGUUUUGCGGUUAUGCGAGAAAAAAAAAUUAAAAAAAAAAAGGGCCCCGAAACCGUCACGGUCGAACAUAUCGUUGUCCAGUCGCGAGUGCACGAGAUUGAAAAACCUGUCCUUGGAAACGGGGGCGGGUUCUUUUGCGAAAAACUUUUGGGAAAAUCAAAAAAAUUACUUCCCUAAAAUACCAUCUAGGCAAUAUUUCCUUUCAGAAGUGAUGCUACAUGUAGAUAUCGGAGUAGGAUUUCUGGUAGAAAUUUUUGUCACAAUAUAACAGAAAAAAUAAUAACAAUAAACAUAAUUUGUAAAACCGUAAGAUUUUUCGCUACACUCAGAAUCUAAUAUCACACAAAAUUCAAACGCGGUAUAUUACGUACACCGUAGUUUGAAUUAAAUUUAACGUCAAACGUAAAAACGGGCCGAGUUUAUAAGUGCCCACGUGUGUGUUUUUGGCCCUUAUGCAAAACUUCGGUCUGUAUAGUGGCCUACCCUAGUUGCGUGUUCCGCGGGUACCCCUAUGUAUUUCAUACAAGAUAUGGGAAAUAUUCUCUUCGUUAGUCGGCCGAACGACGAACCCGUUUUACGAAAUAGUUCGUUGACAUUUUUACGUGGACAUAGUGCAUUACAGAUCUCUCGUGUCGGUUUGUUUUCUUGUCCCGCCAAUAAUGCGCAAGAUGCCGAGAUAUGAUAAUGCACGUGGUACACAGUGUACCGUCUGAUCUUAGAAAAUUCGAGACGAUAUCUGGAUACGUGCACGUGUCUUGUGGCUUUUAUACAGAAUGAUUAACAUAACGUCGCAUAACGUAAGACAACUCGUUAUCUCUCAACGUUUCAGCAUUUUAGAAACGUUUUAGAAGUAAGUAAAUCUAAAAUGCCACAUCGCUAAUAUGUUUUCGGUUAUUCUUAUUUUAGGUGGUGUAAACACCUAAAAUUACAGUUUUAUUAGUACUUAUCACGUCAGUGUUUUUUCACGGGACGAAGAUUCCGGACAGAAAACGGACAUUUCCCUUAUCCCCGCGUCGAUACGUUUGAUACACUGUACACGUAGUACGGGGCACUAUACGCGUUUGUAUGCGAUAUUUAGGAGAAGGCGGGUCAAGACGGGGAAGCUUUAAGCUAUAAGAAGUUAUAAUUCAAUCGAAAAUUAAUGUGAUUUCGAUUUGAAAUCUGAACCGCGUGUAUUUUAUGGGAUCCGGUUAUUAAUGUAUAUUACGUCAACGAGUCUUACGCAUUCAGAUCAGUUUCAUAAAGACAUUGGUUGAAAAUACGUACGACUAUCGUUCGCCGAUCCGUUUUGUGAAACGGUGAACGGCCGAGGAAUAAUUACAUUUCAAUUCGCAUAAGCAGUGGCAAUACAUUUUACUAUGACGCGGUUAGACCGAUAAUUGUACAAAGAAAACGAAAAUUAAAUGCUCAAAACGUAAACAUAUCUUUAAACAUAUUAAAAAAAAAUGUAUACAUUUUAACUUUUAACUGCGCUAUGUUAUACAACUCACGCAAUUUCGUCCGGAAAACAAUCCAAACCCAUUAUGUGCACAUUUACCUGCGGCCGUUGCUGGAAACGCCACAAUUAAUUUUGAAACUGUCUGAUAUUAUUAAAAGAACGUUACGAGAAAGCUCGCCAUAAAAAGGGGGGGUGAAAAAAGUGGGUAACGGUAAUCGAAUAAAACGAACAUUUAAAGAUAAAAUAAGAAUUUAUUUUUAUAUCAAACGACUAAUAAGAGGAUGUUUAGGAUGUUUUUAUUUUAAUAUCGAUAAGAUAAUCGGCAUUUGAAUGGGAAAUUUAUAUUACGUGAUAUCGUAACACCAAGGAUUCUUUACAUACAGGUUUUUAUUAGGUAUGAUCUGCAGUACAAACCGUGAUUGUUGAAAAGUUCCCGUUUUGCACCAUGACUCCAAUGACAUUGCCCCAUAAUGUUCUUUCCUGCCAAUCUCUAUUUCGCACGUAUUAUAAUAUCAUAAUUGCGCUCGUCUAACUGAUAAUAAUCAUAAUAAUAAUAAUAAUGUACAGAGUGAUUAUUUUGUCUGGAAACAGCAAUUUUUCCGGAAGAUUUUAAAUAAAUUUGAUUUCUGUUUUUUUUUUUUUUUUAAUUAUUUUUAAAUCGUUUGAGCUUUAUUUUAACACUGUUCUUUAACCAUACGCCUUAUAUCUUAAUAAGAGUAUAUCCACUUUGGAUUUUGAAAUAUUAACUUCAGUUUCAAUCACAUUUUCAAACAGAGAAUAAUUUUUUUUGAAAUGUUGAAAUGUUGAUAUGCAUCACACCCAUAUCAGAUGUAAUCGUUUUGUUUGUUAUAUCAGUUUAUAGUUUAGACCGGAAGAGUGGAGUAGAGUUAAUAAUUUAUCGUUUAAAAGCAGACAAAUUCCAUUUAUUUUUAUUUCCCUUCUGCCCUUUAAAAUUCCACUAAAGAAACUAAACCGAGGGGAUAAAUAUAUCACGGGGGUCAAUAAUCACUGGCACACAGGUAUACGUAACAUAUUGGUAGUACUAUGCUAUUAUAAUUUCGCGCAGGAUAAUAUCAUUAUUAUUAUUUUUAUUAUAAUUCUUCUUCUUAUUAUUAUUAUUAUUAUUGUUAUCAUCAUCAUCAUCAUCAUGACCGUCCCGGCGUCCUAUCAAUAUUAUCUCGAAACGUUAAAUCGAACGACCUGAAUUUAAUAUCGUCACCGCGGUUAUAUUAUAAAAUGUCCAUGCUUAUUAUUAUUAUUAUUAAUAUUUUUUAAUCAAUAAUCCCAGCAACGAAUCCGAUAGCGAUAAUAUAUAGGUACGGGUUACGUAUACAAUAAAAUAAAUUAUCGUAAAUUAAAUGACAAAUUACCAUUAAUCACGAGCCGAAGGGCUGGUUCGUGGUAGUAUAUGGUAGGUACACAUUAUGGUGGUAUAGACAUCGUGUAUAGUUAGGUAGGUAUAAUACUCGUAUUUUUCGGUUACCCGCGGCAUGUGUACACGCGGUAAUAUAUUAGAAUGUCGUAAAUAUAUUUGUGUCGCGAAAAGAAGGAGUAAAAAAAAAAAAGUAGUUUCUUCAAAAAUGAAUUCGAAAUUAUUUUAAGGCUAUUAUAUUUUAUACGAAAUAUAAAAUACGACUGCGAGUGUAUAUAUUUUAUUACCGCGUAUAUUAUUAUUAUUAUUAUUUUUUUUUUUUUACUAAAUAAAAACUAACUCUCCCCGCUCCCGGUGCCCCGCCGCCUCCUUAUCCUCGCACCGCCACCGCCACCGCCGCCAUCAUAGCCGUCGUUCACCGUCGUCAUCCUGUUUGGACCUUCAUCUCCGCCCCUCUUUCCUACGUAUAUAUAUAUAUAUAUAUACAUACACAUACAAACAUAUCUAUAGUAAUAGCUGCCAAGAUUUCCAUGACGAUGAUUGAUGGGGCAGAUUUUAAAAUAUCAUAAACCGACGAAUAUCAAACAUGUUGCGGACGGGAAGGGUGACCCUCCUCGUUGCCGUCCGACCGGAGGAAACGUCCCGAUCCGAAGGAAUAACGAUAUUUUAUACAUAUAUGUAUGUACGCGAAACGAAGGGAAGUUAAAUCGAAAUGUAUACAUCAUUCGAUUUUUACUUAUAAUAUUAUAAUAUAGCCCGGGAAACGAAGGAAAAAAAACCGUUCACUAUACUUAUACGUAUAGGAGAAAAUGUUGUUUUUAUACUCGGGUCCGGUGAUUAUUGCGCCCAGCGACUGUUACCAAGAGCGGGAGGAUAAAAUGUUAAGCGAGGGGAGGGGCGAAUAAUAAAUAAGGAAUUUCACCUCCUCCGUCCUCGCAUUUCUUAAAUGAAAAUUUGUCGGGGGUAACAUACCGGGGCAUCGGUGCGAUGUCUUUGGUGAUUAUCGAUCCCGCUUGUAAUUUGGCCGGGAGUGGGUCAAAUUUCACUUGUGGAGAGUAAAUUUUUGCUGCCACGCCGGUAUACAGUUCUUUUAUAGAAAUCGGCGUAGAAAAAUACGAGGGCGGUUACAAAUAUCGUGCGAUUUUUAAACUCGCGACAAUCUACCACCACCAUCACCUCCCCUUACGUUAUGGUCCCAACUACGUGAUAUAUUUACCCAGCGGGGGCGACUAAAAGAAUAAUUAAUUCGCCGUACAAAUAAAUCCACGGCUGUCGACAUAUUUUAUGUAGGCCGAUAUCUCAAGCGUCCGACCGAAACUAUUGCCGAAUGAGUAAUAAUAUAUUAUAGAAAGUUUUGCCAUCAUUCGGGCGGAUCGAAUAGCGUCACCGUAUAAUCGCCAAAAGUCAGUCGAAAUUCGCCUGUAUUACCACGGGAAUUGGAGAUAAAAUGGAUAACGAUUAGCGAAAUAGUCUUGUCAUGAAGGUAAACGUUCGAAAGCUGUCCUAAGAUAACGGGGACGGGUGCAGCUACCGUUAAUGGCAAUUAAUGUCAGCAACGAUUAUUCAUUGCUAACGAAAAAACGAUUCUGAGCGGAGUUCAGUUGAUAGUGUUGCUUCGCCAACAAUAUACGAGUGUAUACAUUAAUAUGGUUACACAAUUACACAAAUAUUAUAUUAUAUUAUAUUUUCUUUAAUAUUAUUUGUGUCUAUUUUCCCGGUUUUCUCAUUUAUUGAGAAAACUCCUGGGAAAAUCAAAAAAAAAAAAAAAUUACCUCCUUAAAGAACCUCCCCAGUUUGAUUUCUUUUUAAAACAAAGAAAAAUAAACAUCAUUGUAAAACCAUAAGCUUCUUCGCUCAUAUCAAAAUCUAAAAUUUAAAAACAAAUGGCUAAAUUGUACAUAUUAAAGCGUAGUUCGGAAAACCUUUGACAUUUUCACGGUUGUCUAACCGCGUAGGAACCCGACUAUGCGAGCGUACGAAAUACUUUACUUAAAUUUUGUGGAUUUCGAAGAUUAACCGAGCGGAGUGUAAUAUCGUUCCGUGGUAUUUAGUCGAUUCUCUGUCGACAUAAUUUUUGUUUUUUUCCAAUGUUAAUUUAAUUCAAUUUUAUGUGUACGGGGGCGCGAGAUAUUUCUGAUGUGCGGAGUUUUUCGAGAAGGAACUCUGAUAAGAUGUAUAACGACCUCGCGCGAGAGACCGGGUUAAAAUAAAUAGAAAAACUCCGUAUAACAGUCGCGAUACUGUUGUCCUAAUUCUAAAUAAUAUCACAAACGCGAAAUUUUAUUUGGAUGUACACCGAUGCAUCACUUCUCGCCCGAACUACUGAACGGACCUAAGUUGUAGAAACUUUGCAUACGCGUAGUUCUAUUAAAGUUCGGAAAUAAAAGCUACUUUCCACUAUCCCCCGUUCGAUAUGAAAGGGGGCGGGCUAACGCCGGGUUACCGGUAUUUUCGGAACCGAUUAUUUUCGUUGAUCUACGGGUUACGGGUGUUGGAAAGGAUGAAACGAAAGUCGGGGAAAAAACAAAAACCAAAAACGCGUUCAAAUGCGCCGUAACGUUGUAAUUACAUUAUCGCUUUUGGCACGGCAGCGCCGGUGUUAUCGCGUCGCGCCCGAAUCUAUCGAUAAGAGUACAGACCGUGCUACAAACGUUAGAUAACCAUUGCGGUGUUGUGAUAACAGACGUGACGUGCAAAAUAAUGAUAACGGCGAUGUGUGUGUGUGUUCGCAGGACGCUUACGCUCUGUGGGCGUGUUCGGCGGUAUUGCCGCACUGGACCACCACCGGCCGGACGACGACGACGACGACGACGACGACGACGAGGACGACGACGACCACGACGACCACGACCACCGCCGUCACGACGGACGCGACCGCGGCGUCUACGGCGGCGAAACGCGGACGCCGUUACAGGGUGAACGCCUGCCGGUCCGUGUGUCUGGCGGCCGAGCAAACGUGUCCGUGGCUGUUGCCGGUGGCCGACGACUCCAACCCGUACGCCGGCGAAGCGGCGUUCACGUGCAUGGGUAAACGCGGGUGA